UCAGGCAGGACCCCUGCCAUCACCUCAGGGUAGGAGGAGGGGUGAUAGGGUUCACUGGACCUCAUGUGGGCAUCUGAGCAGACUUGGUUCACUUCAAUUUGAUUCACUUGACUUGAUUCAAUUGACUUCACGUGAUUUAAUUGACUUGACUUGAUUCCCUUGACUUGGUUCACUUGACGUAAUUCAGUUGUUUGACUAGUGUUUGGUCUUUUUGAUCUGGUCUGCGUGUCAACUUUAUUGGAUGUAAAAAAAAAAAAAGACAUCCUAGGAAGCAGUCUAAUCUCUCCCUGAGCAGCACUACCCAUGGCUCUCUAUAAGUAAUAGAUUAUAUAUUUAUAUUUCAUAGCCUCACACAGCUUCCUGCCAAACAUCACAUUCAUUAUUACUGCAGGUUGUCUCCAUCAGUGUUGUCAUGUCCUGUCCAUCCAGCCAGACAAAGCAACAGGAGAGUGUCUAAGUGGGUUUCAUCUGCUCAUCAUAAUGCGCUGUACGCCCUGCUCUGUCCUCCUCAUCCCAAGGCUGCUGGAGCCUCUGCAUACCUCAUAGACACUUGAUAAAUCAUUGAUGUCCCCAUCUGUGUUCCUCCAAGCCGCUGAUUCUGGGUGUUUUAUUUAGAUCCCUCUGAUUCACAGAAUGGGUGUUUUAUUCAAAAGCCACCAAACUUAAUAUUACUUUCCUGGAUCAUCAUCAUCAACUCAGCCGAGCACUGCGGUGUGUGUGUGUGUGUGUGUGUGUGUGUGUGUGUGUGUGCGUGUGUUUGUGUGUGUGUGUGACACACAGUGGCAACCGAUGGUGUCCACAAAUGACAUGCUGACACUGCCUAAACCAUCCUAACUCUGGCAAGAGUGUGUGUGAGUGUGUACAUGCGUGUGUCUGGCAAUAUUGUGUGUGUGUGUGUGUGUACUCCAUAGCAGAGUCACUCAGGCUGAGCUCUGAGGCCAAAGAAGAAGCUGAAUGUAUGUAGCAGAGGCACCUAUAAUAACAAACAGUCAUUACUUUCUAAAAAAGACAGACCACGGCCUCUACUACUGGGCGACAGUGGGGGGAACCAGAGCAGUACAGAGUGGGUGGAGACCCUAACCCUCACCCUAACCCCCCUGUAAUUAGAGAGAUGGAUUGAGCCACGGGUCUUAAUGGAGGGUCACACACCAAAUCAAAGGGCUGGGUAACCACACACACACACACCCACACAGACACAGUCAUACACACACACACACACACAUGCACUCACAGAUACACACACACACUCAUACACGUAUACACACACAAAUACACUGAUUUAACCCACACCCACACGAAUAAACGCUCAUUAACACACACACACACACACACACACACACACACACACACACACACACACACACACACACACAUAUACUAGGCACACAUGUUCACUAAGGGUUAUACAAUGUAUGGGUGUGUGUUUAACUGUUUUAUACUGCUAGAGCUGGCUGCACUAUAGAACAUAUGGGAUCCUCACUGCUGCUUUACAUUGAGGCCAUGUGGGAACAGGUGUGUGUGUGUGAGAGAGAGUGAUAUGACAGGUACAGCCUUCUGUUGACCAUCGCUGGCACACACACACGUACACACACACGUACACACACACGUACACACAGACAUACACACACACACGUACACACACACGUACACACACACGUACACACACACGUACACACACUGUUUUUCUCCUCUUUUCUCUGUUUUACCCUUCUUGUUGGAAGCUUCUAUACUCCCAUUCUGGAGUUACAGACAUAGUUCUUGGUUGUAACAUUGCAGGAAUCUUGCAGUGCAGCAUGCUUCUAGAAGGUUCCAUAGCUGCAGGGCUCUGGAAUGUUCUCCCACUCGGCACUCCAGACAGUGACAGCAGAUUGGAUUGUAAAGUAAAGGUUGUUAACCUCAGUUCUGUGUCUAUUAUCUAGCUAGUCUGUGUCCCAAAAGCCAUUUCAUUUCUGUGUGGUUUUGUUUCAGGAUGCCUUCCUUACUAAGCCAUACUUAGCUAUGUCCCCAAUUUCAUAAAGCAAAUGAAAUUGUUUAUGCCGUUAAGUACAGUACAUGUUUAUAAAAUUCCCAAACUCACUGAAGCAUUCCUGACUGGGGCCAGGAACACCAAAGGGAAAAUUCCAGCGCCAAAAGGGAUUGUUUGGGACUGCCUCAGGGAAUGAUUGUGUUGUUGGAGCCAGUUGAUUCUCAAAGAAAUCAUCCUAUCAUCCCCUGAUGCUGUUUUAACUAGAUGGAACAUUGUUAUCUUGAGGUAUGGGAACGUUUUAGCUUGAUACAACCUCAAUGGGCCCUCUCCUUUAUCCCCUGGUGUUUGUAGCAUAUCUCUCCUAAACAUCUCUCUCUCUCCCUAUCUCUCUAUCUCUCUCGCUCGCUCACUCCCUCUCUCUCUCUCUCUCUCUCUCGCUCUCUCUCUCUCUCUCUCCCUCUCUCUCUCUCCCUCUCUCUUUCUCUUCCUCUCUCUUUCCCUCUAUUUAAAUAUUAGUGUGUCUCUAACUCUGCUAACCCUCUACAGCCCUAUUAGAGACUGGAACCCAUUACUCCAGAGUCUCUCUCAGCAAACAAACCACUGCUGCACGUAGAAUUUUGCUCCUGUGUUGCUUUUGGUUACAAUUACUUUGCGAUUCCGUGGCACAUUUCUGGACCCAAAGUCCGGAAAUCUGACCUUUGAUCCCAGCCAGAGACCAACUGGCAAAGAGUCUGAAUAGUGGAGGUGUACAUUUUCUCUAACGAGCCACUAAGCUCCAGAAACCAGGGGUUGGGUUGUUGCUGGCUGGGGAAGGAUCGGCUGGGCACUGGGCCUUGUGGAUCCAUCCUGGAUCACUUUGACGUCUGUGUCUUGGUAUGGAGUAAUGUUUAACUUUAGUAGACAGUGAUGCACAUUGUUUAGAUAGCUCUUAGGACCCUGCCUUGGCAAAGCUAUAUAAACGUUUUUGGGAAUGUGGGAAUGUUUGUUUGCGAAGACUGGGAUAUGGUGAUGGAAUUUUCCAUCGUUUGUGUAGCUGUUAUGUAUCAUGGUCCUUGUUUUCUUCUAUGAAAUGUGCAGCUGAUGGAAUGGGCUAUUACAAUCUAUUUAUUUCUAUGACCACAUUUUAUCUUUAUCUUUAUUGAUGCAUAAACAUGUCGGCUACACAUGGCUAGCUAAUGAGAAAAAGAACAGUACGGUUUGAUGGCAACUAUCUUCAAUGGUGCUGGAGGGAAUAGCAGCCGUUUUAUUGGCUCCUGACCAAUUGUGCUACAGUAUUUUGUGUAUUUUUUGCACUGAUCGUAACUUUUUUUCUACAUAACGUUUCCGCCAUCGUUUCCUACGAUCAGAACAGCUAUCACUAACCUCGAUUUGGAUGAGGACUUCUACUUCAAUGAGUUGGAGGCAAAGGACAUAUUGAUUUUCCCGGACCAGGCCCAAAUCCCUGACACAUUCGGAGAAGGAGGAGGUGGCUCUAUAGAGGCCGGCAUGCGGGAUACCUGAAGAGACUACGUCGGAGAGUGGAUAAACCGCCUCUACCCUCCGUUCUAUUGGCGAACAUGCAAUCACUGGAGAAUAAAAUGGACAAGCUCCGUUUGAGACUAUCUUAUCAACGUGAUCUGAAGAACUGUAAUAUCCUAUGUUUCUCCUACGAGUUGUGGCUGAACAAGGACAUGGAAAAUAUAAAUCUAACUGGUUUUUCUAUACAUCGGCAGGACACCAGACACGUCACCCAUUGAGCAUGUUUGGGAUGCUCUGGAUCGACGUGUACGAAAGUGUGUUCCAGUUCCCGCCAACAUCCAGCAACUUCGCAUAGCCAUUGAAGACGAGUGGGACAACAUUCCACAGGCCAAAAUCAACAGCCUGAUCAACUCUAUGUGAAGUAAAUGUGUCGCGCUGCAUUAGGAUAAUGGUGGUCACUCCAGAUACUGACUGGUUUUCUGAUCCACACCCCUACCCUCUAUUCCCAGCCAUGUGAAAUCCAUAGAUUAGGGCCUAAUGAUUUUUUUCAAUUGACUGAUUUCCUUACUGUAACUGUAACUCAGUAAAAUCUUUGAAAUUGUUGCAUGUUGCGUUUAUAUUUUUGUUCUGUGUAUUUACCAAGAGAGUUGUCAUCUAUAUUUUUCGUAGCUGUCUAUUUACCACCACAAACCGAUGCUGGCACUACGAGCUGUAUAAGGCCAUAAGCAAACAAGAAAAUGCUCACCCAGAGGCGGGGCUCCUAGUGGCCGUUGAUUUUAAUGCAGGAAAAUUCAUUUCUACCAGCAUGCAACUGUAGAUCACCUUUACUCCACACACAGACACACAUACAAAGCUCUCCCUCACCCUCUAUUUGGCAAAUCUGACCAUAACUCUAUCCUCCUGAUUCCUGCUUACAAGCAAAAACUCAAACAGGAAGUACCAGUGACACGAUCAAUACGGAAGUGGUCCGAUAAAGCGGAUGCUAAGCUACUGGACUGUUUCACUAGCACAAACUGGAAUAUGUUCUGGGAUUCAUCCGAUGGCAUUGAGGAAUUUACCACAUCAGUCAUCGGCUUCAUUUAUAAGUGCAUCAACGACGUCGUCCCCACAGUGACCGUACGUACAUAUCCCAACCAGAAACCAUGGAUUACAGGCAACAUUGGCACUGAGCUAAAGAGUUGCCGCUUUCAAGGAGCAAGACACUAUUCCGGAUGCAUAUAAGAAAUCCCGCUACGCCCAUCGACAAACCAUCAAACAGGCAAAGCGAGCCUCCCGAGUGGCGCAGCGGUCUAAGGCACUGCAUCACAGUUUGCACUGUAUACCACGACGCGUACUCAGAGCAUGUGCUGACCAACUGGCAAGUGUCUUCAACCUCUCCUGACCCAGUCUGUAAUACCUACAUGUUGCAAGCAGACCACCAUAGUCCCUGUGCCCAAGAACGCCAAGGUAACCUGUCUAAAUGACUAUCGCUCCAUAGCACUCACAUCUGUAGCCAUGAAAUGGUCAUGGCUCAUACCAACACCAUCAUCCCAGACACCAUGGACCCACUCCAAUUCGCAUACCACCCCAACAGAUCCACAGAUGACACAAUCUCUACUGCACUUCACACUGCCCUUUCCCACCUGGACAAAAGGAACACCUACGUGAGAAUGCUGUUCAUUGACUACAGCUCAACAUUCAACACCAUAGUGCCCUCCAAGCUCAUCACUAAACUAAGGACCCUGGGAUUAUACACCUCCCUCUGCAACUAGAUCCUGGACUUCCUGAAGGGCCACCACCAGGUGGUGACAGUAGGCUACAACACAUUGACCACGCUGACCCUCAACACGGGGGCCCCUCAGGGGUGUGUGCUUAGUCCCCUCCUUUACUCCCUGUUCACCCACGACUGUGUGGCCGCGCACGACUCCAACACAUCAUUACAUUUGACGAUGACACAACGGUGGUAGGUCUGAUCCCUGACAACAAUGAGACAGCUUACAAGGAGGAGCUCAGAGACCUAGCAGUGUAGUGCCAGGACAACAACCUUUCCCUCAACGUCAACAAGAGAAAGGAGCUGAUCGUGGACUACAGGAAACGGAGGGCCGAGCACGCCCCUAUUCACAUCGACGGGACUGUAGUGGAAUGGGUCGACAGCUUCAAGUUCUUCGGUGUCCACAUCACUAAGGACUAAUCAUGGUCCAAACACACCGACACAGUCGUGAAGAGGGCACGACAACGCCUCUUCCCGCUCAGGAGGCCAAAAAGAUUUGGCGUGGGCCCUCAGAUCCUCAAAAAGUUCUACAGCUGCACCAUUGAGAGCAUCUUGACUGGCUGCAUCACCGCUUGGUAUGGCAACUGCUUGGCAGUCGACCGUAAGGUGCUACAGAGGGUAGUGUAUAUGGCCCAGUACAUCACUGGGGCCAAGCUCCCUGCCAUCCAGGACCUCUAUACCAGGCAGUGUCAGAGGAAGGCCCUACAAACUGUCAAAGACUCCAGCUACCCAAGUCAUAGAUUGGUCUCUCUGCUACCGCACGGCAAGCGGUACCGGAGCGCCAAGUCUGGGACCAAAAGGCUCCAGAACAGCUUCUACCCCCAAGACAUAAGACUACCUGGACUAUUUGCAUUGACCCCAUUUUUUUGCACUGACAUUCUUGCACUGGCUCUAUGCAGACUCACUGGACUCUACCCACACACUCACACAUACUACACUGACACUCCAACACACACUCACACGCUACAUACGCUCACACACACAAAACACACACACACAUGCAUAUUGACACCACACACACACACUCACACAUACACACUUUCACACUCUUCACAUGCACUUCUGCUACUCUGUUUAUUAUCUCUCCUGAUUGCUCAGUCACUUUUACCCCUACCUAAAUGUACAUAUUACCUCAAUUACCUCAACUACCUCGUACCCCUGCACAUUGACUCGGUACCAGUACUCCUUGUAUAAAGCCUCAUUAUUGUUAUUAUAUUAUUUUGUUACUAUUUCCUUUUUUUCUUAUUAUUUUCUUACUUUUUAACUCUGUAUUUUUGGGAAUGGGCUCGUAAGUAAGCAGUUCACGGUAAAGUCUACACUUGUUUUAUUCGGCGCAUGUGACAAUUUUUUUUGCAUUUGAUUUGAACAUCUAUGGUAGGGCACCUUAAUCUGCUGUUCAGCCAGUAACACGCCCCUGUAUCCCAUGACACACUAAUCCCAUUAACCCCUUUGCCACACACACACACACACACACACACACACACACACACACACACACACACACACACAGACAGACACACACAUACACACACAUACACACACACACAGACACAGGAAGAGAGAGAGACACACACUCACCUCUCUGUAACCCCUGGCUAUGGGUCAGAGUUUAAGGUGUUACCUGAGGGUCAAAGAACAUCUACUUUUCCUGCUGUGUGAACCCUAGCCCUUCUCCCCCUUCCUCCCCCUUCUCCCCCUUCCUCCCCCUUCUCCCCCUGACUCUCACAUCUCUCCCUUCCUCUCCCAUCUCUCCCCUUCUUCAAUCACUGUUGUCCAUGUACCAUAUGUAUCAGGGUUGGGUUUAUUUCAGAAUUUUGGAAUUGACUCCCAUACAAUUCAUGAGUUGAAAUUUGAAUUGAAUUGGCCACACGCCACAGGAUGUAGAAUUCGAAUUUGAGUUUGAGUGACAGGAAGUAGAAUUUAAUUCAGUGCAAUUCAAAGAAAUUCCACUCAGUAGCUAUGUUUCCAUCCAAUUGGCACCAGAUUUUAAUGCGAAUAUUCUAAAAUCUGUAUAAAGAAAAUAUGCACAUUUUCCCACCGGUGGUGUGUUUACACCAAACUGACUUGUUGCGGAUAAAAAGCAGUGAGUGAUGACAUAGUGAAUAGUCCCGUGUAGCUCAGUUGGUAGAGCAUGGCAUUUGCAACGCCAGGGUUGUGGGUUCAUUUCCCACGGGGGACCAGUAUGAAAAAAAUAAAAAAUGUAUGCACUCACUAAUUGUAAGUCGCUCUGGAUAAGAGCGUCUGCUAAAUUACUAAAAUGUAAAUGAACUCAAAAUGUACUUUUUCGCUUAAGUUUUCAUGUACCAAAUAAAAAUGUAAUAUUCAAUGUGUUUCCAUCAAAUUUUCAACUCUACCUAUAGUUUUGUCACAAACUGUUGCGUUAAAUAGUAAAUGUGCUUACUCUGGUUCUAGCCAACAGAUACUGUGUGGGUCGGCUCUGUGGGUCGGCUCUGUGGGUAGGCUCUGUGGGUAGGCUCUGUGGGUAGGCUCUGUGGGUAGGCUGUGUGGGUAGGCUCUGUGGGUAGGCUCUGUGGGUAGGCUCUGUGGGUAGGCUGUGUGGGUAGGCUCUGUGGGUAGGCUGUGUGGGUAGGCUCUGUGGGUAGGCUCUGUGGGUAGGCUCUGUGGGUAGGCUGUGUGGGUAGGCUCUGUGGGUAGGCUCUGUGGGUAGGCUGUGUGGGUAGGCUCUGUGGGUAGGCUCUGUGGGUAGGCUCUGUGGGUAGGCUCUGUGGGUAGGCUGUGUGGGUUGGCUGUGUGGGUAGGCUGUGUAGGUAGGCUAGUCUACAUGAUGAGAUUAUUAUGGAUAUUUGUCAAAUGGCAGUCAAGCAUCGAUCAACCUGUCACCAGAAUAAGACCCUCGAGAUUUAUUGGAAAGGAGAAUCAAGCUCAUACCAUGCACUUUCACCACCCUGUGAAGUUCAUCAUAACUUAUUUCAUCUGUAGCCUAAUAAACUGCAUGGUUUCCCGAGUUGUAGUGGGAGGACCACACCCCAUGUCAUCGCGUGACUCCCAAGUUAUUAUACACAUAAAGUUGUUUCCACCUCCAUUUCUCGCAUAAUUAAUUGUACAGACACAAAAAGAUCCCACUAUAUCAAACAAACAAUUGAUCUGUCGGCAUUUACAAAGAUUGUAACGAAACUUCCUGUUUCCAUCACAGCUGUCGUGAUUUUUUUUAUACGGUAUGACUCUACUCGCAUAAAAACUGUGGAUGGAAAUGUGGUUAGUAAUAGAACAUGAGCGUUUAAUUUAAUCUGACAGUUCACACUUCCAGAUACCAAUGAAUAUAGCACCUUUCUCUGGAAACAAUGUUCAUAUACUCUUUUAAUCUUAGUGCUUAAUAUAGCCAAUUAUAUUUCCACCAACCAUUUAAUUUGUUUGGCUUCUUUUUGAAGUCCUCAGGGUCAAUUUGAGGGUUAAACUAAUUCAUUCUGGUAGAUGUAAUAUUUACCCCAUAUUGAACAAAAUGUAAGUGAUGAAUGAAAUAUAAUAACUUAGAAUAUUCUAAUACAGGUUUUGUUUUCCUUGAUCAUUAAGAGUUUGUAAAAAAAUUCAACAAUCUUUUAUUUGCAUGUAUAUAAUGACAUGUUUGAUGUUUUAUGUACAAGAUGUAUAAGAUGUACAGUGAGGGAAAAAAGUAUUUGAUCCCCUGCUGAUUUUGUACGUUUGCCCACUGACAAAGAAAUGAUCAGUCUAUAAUUUAAUGGUAUGUUUAUUUGAACAGUGAGAGACAGAAUAACAACAAAACAAUCCAGAAAAACACAUGUAAAAAAUGGUAUAAAUUGAUUUGCAUUUUAAUGAGGGAAAUAAGAAUUUGACCCCUCUGCAAAACAUGACUUAGUACUUGGUGAUAAAACCCUUGUUGGCAAUCACAGAGGUCAGACGUUUCUUGUAGUUGGCCACCAGGUUUGCACACAUCUCAGGAGGGAUUUUGUCCCACUCCUCUUUGCAGAUCUUCUCCAAGUCAUUAAGGUUUCGAGGCUGACGUUUGGCAACUCGAACCUUCAGCUCCCUCCACAGAUUUUCUAUGGGAUGAAGGUCUGGAGACUGGCUAGGCCACUCCAGGACCUUAAUGUGCUUCUUCUUGAGCCACUCCUUUGUUGCCUUGGCCGUGUGUUUUGGGUCAUUGUCAUGCUGGAAUACCCAUCCACAACCCAUUUUCAAUGCCCUGGCUGAGGGAAGGAGGUUCUCACCCAAGAUUUGACGGUACAUGGCCACGUCCAUCGUCCCUUUGAUGCGGUGAAGUUGUCCUGUCCCCUUAGCAGAAAAACACCCCAAAAGCAUAAUUUUCCACCUCCAUGUUUGACGGUGGGGAUGGUGUUCUUGGGGUCAUAGGCAGCAUUCCUCCUCCUCCAAACACGGCGAGUUGAGUUGAUGCCAAAGAGCUCCAUUUUGGUCUCAUCUGACCACAACAUUUUCACCCAGUUCUCCUCUGAAUCAUUCAGAUGUUCAUUGGCAAACUUCAGAUGGGCAUGUAUAUGUGCUUUCUUGAGCAGGGGGACCUUGCAGGCUCUGCAGGAUUUCAGUACUUCACGGCGUAGUGUGUUACCAAUUGUUUUCUUGGUGACUAUGGUCCCAGCUGCCUUGAGAUCAUUGACAAGAUCCUCCCGUGUAGUUCUGGGCUGAUUCCUCACCGUUCUCAUGAUCAUUGCAUGGAGCCCCAGGCCAAGGGAGAUUGACAGUUCUUUUGUGUUUCUUCCAUUUGCGAAUAAUCGCACCAACUGUUGUCAUCUUCUCACCAAGCUGCUUGGCGAUGGUCUUGUAGCCCAUUCCAGCCUUGUGUAGGUCUACAAUCUUGUCCCUGACAUCCUUGGAGAGCUCUUUGGUCUUGGCCAUGGUGGAGAGUUUGGAAUCUGAUUGAUUGAUUGCUUCUGUGGACAGGUGUCUUUUAUACAGGUAACAAGAUGAGAUUAGGAGCACUCCCUUUAAGAGUGUGCUCCUAAUCUCAGCUCGUUACCUGUAGAAAAGACACCUGGGAGCCAGAAAUCUUUUUGAUUGAGAGGGGGUCAAAUACUUAUUUCCCUCAUUAAAAUGCAAAUCAAUUUAUAACAUUUUUGACAUGCGUUUUUCUGGUUUUUUUUGUUGUUAUUCUGUCUCUCACUGUUCAAAUAAUCAUACCAUUAAAAUUAUAGACUGAUCAUUUCUUUGUCAGUGGGCAAAUGUACAAAAUCAGCAGGGAUCAAAUACUUUUUUCCCUCACUGUAUAUUUGUAUAGACUACACCUAAUAUAGAAUAUAAUAGGCAUUUGAAUUUCAUUGAAUUUCACUGAAUUAUGCAAUUAUGUCUGUAUCCUGUUUACUACAAUUCAAAUUAAAUUCAAAUUCAAGAAUUUAAUUGGAAUUUAUGAGGCAUUCUCAAUUCAAUUCUUAAUUGAGCCCAACCCUGGUAUGUAUGACCUCUGUAAGUUGGCUACACUUAUUGAGUGUCAUGUGAGAAUGAAAGAGACGUGAUCAUCAAAGAUGGUCAUGGCUCAAGUGUGAGAGGAUGUAUACCAUAGAUGUUUCUACUCCAAACCAUACAACUACUAGCCAUAGCAUGAAACCAUAUAAUCCAACCAUAGUGUUGUGAAUGUAGCCAAGGUGACUAGAGGACUAGACUAGAGAAGAACACAGAACUCCAUGGAGAAUCAGUAGGUUCCACUGCUCCUGUCGUUGUGGGUGGAUGGCAGCUGUCUGUUCUUAAAUGGAAGAAGUUUGGAACCACCAAGACUCUUCCUAGAGUUGGCCAAACUGGGGAGAAGGGCCUUGGUCAGGAAGGUGACCAAGAACCUAAUGGUCACUCUGACAGAGGUCCAGAGUUCCUCUUUGGAGAUGGGAGAACCUUCCAGAAGGACAACCAGCUCUGCAGCAUUCUACCAAUCAGACCAGAGUGGCCAGACAGAAGCCACUCCUCAGUAAAAGGCACAUGACAGCCCGCUUGGAGUUUGCCAAAAGGCACCUAAAGGACUCUCAGACCAUGAGAAACAAGAUUCUCUGGUCUGAUGAAACCAAGAUUGAACUCUUUGGCCUGAACGCCAAGCGUCACGUCUGGAGGAAACCUAGCACCAUCCCUACGGUGAAGCAUGGUGGUGGCAGCAUCAUGCUGUGGGGGAUGUUUUUCAGCAGCAGGGACUGGGAGACUAGUCAGGAUAGAGGGAAGAUGAACGGAGCAAAGUACAGAGAGAUCCUUGAUGAAAACCUACUCCAGAGCGCUUAGGACCUCAGACUGGGGUGAAGGUUCACCUUCCAACAGGACAAUGACCCUAAGCACACAGCCAAGACAACGCAGUAGUGGCUUCGGGACAAGUCUCUGAAUGUCCUUGAGUGGCCCAGCCAGAGCCGGGACUUGAACCCAAUCAAACAUUUCUGGAGAGACCUGAAAAUAGCUGUGCAGCGACGCUCCCCAUCCAACCUGACAGAGCUUGAGAGGAUCUGCAGAGAAGAAUGGGAGAAACUCCACAAAAACAGGUGUGCCAAGCUUGUAGCAUCAUACCCAAGAAGACUCAAGGCUGUAAUUGCUGCCAAAAGGUGCUUCAACAAAGUACUGAGUAAAGGGUCUGAAUACUUAUGUAAAUGUAAUAUUUCAUAUUCCAUUUUAGAAUAAGGCUGUAAUGUUACAAAAUGUGGAAAAAGUCAAGGGGUCUGAAUACUUUCCGAAUGCACUGUAUGGGUAUUCGGACACAGCCAGUGCUUCCAAGUCAUACAAUGUACUUCCUAUACAAGCCUAGAACUAAUGUGCCAAUGAGCCGAGGCCAAGUGAGAAUGCUUUGGUCGACACAGCUCAGACCAAUGACGAAUGCAUCUAUCAUAGUCCAAAACGUAUAUGCGUACGCACAGCAGUGUUCUAGAAUAUUGCACCGUUGGCUUUGAUACAUUUUGCCAGUGAGUAGAGGUCCUCCCUUCUCUUUAUAUUUAAGAACAACCCAACCUUCACCCCCUUCGCUCUCUCUCUCUCUCUCUCUCUCUCUCUCUCUUUCUUUCUCCCUCUCUCUCUCUCUCUCUCUCUCUCUCUCUCUCUCUCUCUCUCUCUCUCUCUCUCUCCUCUCUCUCUCUCUCUCUCUCUCUCUCCUCUCUCUCUCUCUCUCUCUCUCUCUCUCUCUCUCUCCUUUCCUCUGAAUGUUGUAGAGGUGAUGGGAAGUAUAGCGUCUCAGUGUCUCUGGACGCGCUCCACUCCAAGUGCAGAGUGGAGAAGAAAAGGCCGCUGUCUGGAGCCUGGUCCUGGAGUUGGAGAGUGGGCUGAAAGGAGAGCAUAGAUCCUCAGUGUGAGGCGGUUCAAGGGACCCUUUGUCCAGAGAUGAAACGGCUUCACAACUGGCAGAUACUGUAUAAAUGGGCCAUAGCUCACUCAUGAUGACAUUCCCACUCUUUAUGUGGAUGUGAAGGCCGCUCUGUUUUUCUUAGAGAGAUCGUGACUGGCCAGGCCGGGCUAUUGGUGGUUAUUGAUGAUUGUUGUGGCUGGAUAUAGAUUGCCUUCCUGUCUGUGUGAUAUUUAUUCAGAUAUUUAUUGAUAGCCCUUGACUUGAGGUCACUAGCCUGUGGAAUCUUAACUCAAUGCAACUGAUCUUUCUGUCAGUGGAUUUGCCAUAAUACGAUUGAACACUAUUGGACUGUAUCCCCUGAAUAUAAUCACAUUCUAAAUAUCUAUACCUCUGUUUCUUCACAGGAGAAUCCACAUAUCUCGAUGACCACGGACCCCCAGCUCCCCGGGUAAGACCAUCACUACAGCAGUCACUCUUUUUCUUUUUCAUUACUCUAUCACUUCAUCUUUCUCUACCUCACACUCCCUCUGAUCCCCCACCUUAUUUCUAUCUCCCUCUCCUUGUUUUCUAUCUCCCUCUCCUCCCCUUUCUCUCCUCCAUCUCUCUCUGAUGUGCUGCCCUGUGUGUGUGUGUGUGUGUGUGUGUGUGUGUGUGUGUGUGUGUGUGUGUGUGUGUUUGUGUGUGUGUGUGUGUGCGUGUGUGUGUGUGUGCGUCUGUGCGUGUGUGUGUGAGUGAGUGUGCCAGUCCAGUCCAGGCAGGAUAAGGGUGAGGUCUAUGUCUGGAGAAGCUUUGUGUGAACCCACUCUAAAUACCAAAUACUGACACUAACACACACAUGCCCGCACACACACACACUGGGCCUUGUGUCUGGCCAGCUGCAUCUGUCUGCCUCUAUCUCACUUCUAUCCCUCUCUAUUUCUAUCCCUUUCAAUCAACCCUCAUCCACACUUUCUUUCAUCCCCUAUUUCCACCCUUCUAUUUAUCACCCUUGUAUCUAUACUGAACAAAAAUAUAAAUGCAACGUGCAACAAUUUCUAAGAUUUUACUGAGUUACAGUUCAUAUAAGGAAAUCAGUCAAUUGAAAUAAAUUCAUUAGGCCCUAAUCUAUGGAUUUCACAUGACUGGGCAGGGGCGCAGCCAUGGGUGGGCCUGGGAGGGCAUAGGCCCACCCACUUGGGAGCCAGGCCCACCCAUUGGGGAGCAAGGCUCAGCCAAUCAGAAUGAGUUUUUCCCCAAAAAAGGUAUUUAUUACAAACAGAAAUACUCCUCAGUUUCAUCAGACGAUCACGCAGGUGAAGAAGCCGGAUGUGGAGGUCCUGGGCUAGCGUGGUUACACUUGAUCUGCGGUUGUGAGGCCGGUUGGACGUACUUCCUAAUUCUCUAAAACAAAUAACUUCCUUCUGAAACUCAUCAGUCUAUUCUUGUUCUGAGAAAUUAAGGCUAUUUCAGAAGAAAGUUAUUUGUUUCUGGCCAUUUUGAGCCUGUAAUCGAACCCACAAUUGCUGAUGCUCCAGAUACUCAACUAGUCUCAAGAAGGCCAGUAUUAUUGCUUCUUUAAUCCGCACAACAGUUUUCAGCUGUGCUAACAUAAUUGCAAAAGGGUUUUCUAUUGAUCAAUUAGCCUUUUAAAAUGAUAAACUUGAAUUAGCAAGUUUGCCAUUGGAACACAGGACUGAUGGUUGCUGAUAAUGGGCCUCUGUAUGCCUAUGUAGAUAUUCCAUUAACAAUCAGCCAUUUCCAGCUACAAUAGCCAUUUACAACAUUAACAAUGUCUACACUGUAUUUCUGAUCAAUUUGAUGUUAUUUUAAUGGACAGAAAAAUGGCUUUUCUUUCGAAAACAAGGACAUUUCUAAGUGACCCCAAACUUUUGAAUGGUAGUGUAUAUCAUUCUCUCACCUCUUCUCUCUUUGAUCCACCUCUCUUUCAGUCUCUUCUUCCUGUCUCACAUUCCCCCUUCUCUCUGUGACAUAUUUAUCAAUCCAACUCAAUCCAACUCUUGGGUGAGACGUACAUUUCUGUGGCAUUCGUAUAUGUGGCUAGGCUAGCAAGCUUUGGCUACGUAUUCAGAGUUUAUCUGACGUGUGUGCGCAUGUGUUUGUGAGCGUGUGUGUGUGUGUGUGUGUGCCUUUGUGUCUGUGUGAGGAGUCUGGCUAAGUGUCUCUUUGGAACUGAUCUGAAGGUCUGGCUGUCCUAAUUAAGCCUGGUAACAUCUGGCCCAUGUUUAUAUGUUAUUAAGUUGACUUGGAGAGGUCUGUUGUAGUGCAGGCUACUAACCCAGGCUAACUUUGAGGUAAAGUACAAGCCAGAGUAUUAUCUGUCUGAACAGGGGCUGGCGUGAACUGUGGUGUAACGGUCUGGACUGUGGUGAUGAGUAGCGCUGAGUUGGGCUAAGAGUUUUCCCUGACCACUUCACCAAGAUGAGUUAUAUGCUCACAUGGACAGGAAAGACUGUUGAUGAGAGAUCUGGCUCAUACCAAUCUUGUUUUUGUACUGCUAGGGUUUGCCACAGAGAGGCUUUUGGUCAUCUGGACAGGCUGACUGGUCUCCAAAUUGCCAAUAGUCAGCCAGGAACAUAAUGAAUCCUCACUAUUUAUUUACACAGAACACAAACACAAUUUUUUAACUCACUGAUCAGUGGGAUUACAAUGGAGAGAAAGGACUGAUAGUGCCUCUAUUUCCUCUCUCUAUCAAGGUCUUGUUUUCAACAUAGUUCAAAGCACUUUUAAUUGGGCACUCAUUUUGAACAUAGGAGUUCAAUAGUUCAAUACACUUCUAAUUGGUUAUUAUCCCAAUUCAGCCUUUUUGGCCUCUUUUCUGUGGUCAUUUCCCAGUAAGCAAAAUGACUUUGAUGUCAGGUGCAUUUUAGGUGCUGAAUGAAAGGUAAAAAUAUGUUUUUCCCCGGACGUUGAAAAUGUGUAUUUUCCGGACAUUAGUGCUGAGAGAUUAACCCGACAUUUCGGUUAUUUUUCAGUUUUUAAACAACUAAUUGACCGACGUCGGUUCAAUUAUUUGAAUUCCAUUUAGUUUGUUUUUCUGUGAGCUGAAUGUGCACACUGCGCAGUUUCUGUAGAGAUAAAUCAGAUCAAGCCCGAACUGUGCAAUGUAUUAGGGAGUUGUAGUUUCCAACAGUUCAAAAUUCUACAUAGUUUAAUUCAGAAAAUGUGGUAAUUAACUACAAUUACUGUAAUCCAUUGCGCGCCUACUUGUCCGGUAUGUGUUUGUUUUACGCCUGCUAUGUAAAAGACACAGAAGAAUGCGCGAUUGAGUGGGAUAGAGCAGUUGCUUCGCAAGGUAUCUCUACUUGAAAAUACAUUAUCUAAGUGAUUGAUAGUUGGUAUUCAGCAGUCAUAAAAGUAUGCCUUAUUUACUUUGAAGAACUACUUAAAUAGUGAUUUUGUCAGUCAGCAAAGGCAGCAGCUCUAUAGAGAUGAGAUGAUGACUUGGAAUGAAUUAAUAAAGUAAUCAAAUAAAACAAAUCUGAAAUUAUUUUAGUAAAGUAAAGUAAUUUUAAUAAAUUAUGGUUAAUAAGUGUGUCAUGACUUUCCCUGGGUGAGGAUCAAAGGCCUCCCAUCAGCUUGGCAAAUGGCCGAAAACAACCACACCCUCCUACCCACGGGGAGCUGUGCCGGUCUUGACACCUUAAUACUGCCAUAAAUUAGAGAGGAGGAGAAUCUAUCUCUGGCAUUCUACUAUGGUGAAAGGAAUGCCUUUGUUUCAGAGGUUUUUUUGCCGUCCAAAAACUUAAACAUCCAACAAUAAACAUUGGGACAAUAUAUCUCAACAUCCAAACGUUGGGAAUGAUGAGAAAUGGAAUAUGGAAAAUUAAUGUCUAUUUUGUGAUUAUAAAGGCGUUAUAACGAAAACAUUGUGACUUGAAGAGCUUUUACACUGUGUAUAUCACGUUUACAUCCUUUACGUUGUGUAGAAAAUAUCAAGGAGGAAGACAAUGUUUUCGUGAAGAUAGGAAUGUGAUUUAGCUUUCUAACAAAAUCAUAGUGAUGAUAAUACUUUUGCCUCGUAACUAGCCACGCCCGUGGGAGCUCAGAGAGCGUGUCAGUAGGACGGAAACGGCCCUCUUUACCAGAGUGCAUAAAAGAUUGUGAUAAGAAUUAUCAGAUCAGACUAGACGGACCUCAAGCUGCAGCUUUUGUCCAUAUUGGUCCCGACCCUGAAAAUCAACACGAGGUGAAGACGACAAAGUUGCCUCCACUAACAAUCAAUGUUACUGCUGAGUAGCUGUUCUAAGUACUGUAUCUAAGAAGGUGAAUUUAAGUGGGACCAUCCUGUUACUCUCUUCAAACCAGCGUCUACAACACUGCUCUCAUCACCCCACAGGGGAUCAUCGACACGGCUGAUUAGCCGUCCUCAGAAGACCACUUCCAGAACGAGUGAAAUUAAACAGACAAUUAAGAAGAAGGACAUUGUGAUUUCUUGUGGACAAUCUGAGCCUUACAUCUAAAAGGCCAUCCGAAAGAGAAGGUCCAAUCGACCCCUUCCCACGAAGGCCUGGGUCCAACAGAGAUACACGACGAAGACCUCCAACACGUAAAUACAUGCAUUGCUUUUCUUCCCAAACGGGCGGCAGUUCCGGGCAAAUUAUUAGGAUUACUGUAAGCGUAGGUCCAUGUGUAUCCAAGUGUUUUCUCUCUCUCUUUAACUCGCCAUCUUUUGUAACAAGUGUCAUAUUGUGUUAGUCUGCUAGGGACCUGUUUUCAUUGUAUUAAGUUUAUAAUCCCUACCUAUACCGUGUACGUGUUUGUAUCUUGUGUUAUCAUUUUUAAUUAGUUAGUAAAUAAAUAAUUAAAUCAAUUUGUGUGGUACGGAAUGAUCUUUAAGACCCGGGUUUGUGCAGACUUAAAGAGUCUACGACUUUCAGAAUGAGACUGAUAUGAGGUAAGUGAUUAAUAAAUGACUGUUAAAUAAUAAGAGAUAUCUAGAUAUCUUUAGAGUUAAUUCGGGAAACAGUAACUCGUUAAACAACUUUUCCCGUGGUGCCCCAAAUUCCUAAUGAGUUAAUUGUUACAUGAUUAAUUUCAUCUAGUAACAAUUAAACAUAGUAGGUCAUUAUUCGAUAAAUAAUAGUCAUCACAAUAAUGAAAGUCACGUCACGACAAGUGAUAAGCAGUAAUGGGCAGUCAUUACCAUCAUGGGACUUAUAUUAAUUGUUUUAUUCUGUGUUGUUACAGCAUUCAACCCACAUAAUACAUAGUGCAUUUAAUGUUGUAAAAAAUUAUCGAAACCAAAAUUAAAAAACCGUCAUUAUUUUGUCAUAAUCAAACCGAAAUGAACCGACCUCAAAAGCACUAACUACCGGACGUUGAAAAUACGUAUUUUCCGGACGUUGAAAUCAGGUGCAUUUAGGUGCUGAAUAAAAGGUGAAAAGACGUAUUUUCCGAACAUCAAAAAUACCUAUUUUCCGGGUGAUGAAAAGACGUAAUUUACAGGCAUUGAAAAAUACUUAUUUUUCAGUCAUUGAUUAUAUGGCCAAAUUUCAACUGCACACACAUUCUCAAUGAAGUAAGCAUUAUAUCACAAUAAAAAGAAAAAGAAAAUUGCAACAGAAUAUUUAAUAUUGCUCUCAUCUGUCACAUGCACUUAUGUUAGUUUUUUCAAAAACCUUACAACUGGCAGCGAUGAUGUUCAAAGUAGUCCAAUCUACAGAAUAAAAUAAAAGACCACUUCAACGACAAUAACGUUCUCAGUAACGGUUACAGACACUAGUCUGUAUGCAUGUUCAGGCUGCUGCAUGUCUGUAUGCAUGUUCAGGCCGCUGCAUGUCUGUAUGCAUGUUCAGGCCGCUGCAUGUCUGUAUGCAUGUUCAGGACGCUGCAUGUCUGUAUGCAUGUUCAGGCCGCUGCAUGUCUGUAUGCAUGUUCAGGCCGCUGCAUGUCUGUAUGCAUGUUCAGGCCGCUGCAUGUCUGUAUGCAUGUUCAGGCCGCUGCAUGUCUGUAUGCAUGUUCAGGCCGCUGCAUGUCUGUAUGCAUGUUCAGGCCGCUGCAUGUCUGUAUGCAUGUUCAGGCCGCUGCAUGUCUGUAUGCAUGUUCAGGCCGCUGCAUGUCUGUAUGCAUGUUCAGGCCGCUGCAUGUCUGUAUGCAUGUUCAGGCCGCUGCAUGUCUGUAUGCAUGUUCAGGCCGCUGCAUGUCUGUAUGCAUGUUCAGGCCGCUGCAUGUCUGUAUGCAUGUUCAGGCCGCUGCAUGUCUGUAUGCAUGUUCAGGCCGCUGCAUGUCUGUAUGCAUGUUCAGGCCGCUGCAUGUCUGUAUGCAUGUUGGAGUGUGUGCCUGUAUUUAGUCUGUUGUUUAUCUACCUUAGUUGAAUGCAAUGACUGUAAGUCGCUCUGAAUAAGAGCGUCUGCUGAAUAACCAAAAUGUAAAUGUAAAAACAAACACUUGCAAAGCAUGCUUAUUAUUAUUCUAAUGAGCUUCUCCCCCAAACAAGUAUCACCAGCGUACCUCUGUGUGUAACAGCAGUGUUUGAUGCACUUCAUCCUCACACAGCUGGGCAAACAGUUCCGAAAGUUUUUUACUGGCCAAUGCUUGGCGAUGUAGCAGGCAGUGGAAAAUUGCGCACCCCGGGGCUUUUUCCUUCAAUCGGCUGUUAAAUCCCUUGUUUUUGCCCAUCAACGCUGCAGCCCCAUCAGUGCAGCAUGCAACAAUAUUCUCGUGCUUCUUGUGCAGCUGGUUUUGACAAUCUCCAGCCAUUUGAUCAAUUCUGUCUUUGACAGUGUUGUCAGAGAGUGGGACGGUUCUCACUUUAUCCACCACCUGUGGGUCACACAGCCUCUCUACAAUUUUCAGGCAGGCGGGUUUGAUUAGCUGCUCUCCAAUAUUGUGCGGCUUUUUAGCCUUGGUAAUUAAUAGCGAACACUCAAAUGAUGCCUCCGUGGCACUGUGUAAAUCACUGCCUGCUCUUUCAAAUGCUUUUCUGAUGUCAGUGGAUCUUUUUGAUAGUGCCAACUGCUUCUUCCUCUCCAAAAAAUCCUGACCUUCACCAAUAGUCUCCUGGUGUUUUGUUUCCUGGUGUCGUUGCAUUUUGCUUGGCUUCAUGCUGUCAUUAGCUAGCUUCUCGCCACAAAUGACACAUUCUGGCCGAGUCCUGUCCUGUCCUUCAAUAAAACCAAAAUUAAGAUAACUCUCGAGAUAUAGCCUUACUUUCUUUUUGAUGAUGAGUCAUCAGCACUUUUACGUUUCUUAGACAUGUUGUUUUAUUCAUAAAAUAGUGAUGCUCUGACUGCAGGAAAAACGAGCUGCUAGCUAAAACUGAUUGAGCGCGGGUCAUUGACGUGCACAAUUUUUUUUCCUGGGGAAUUACCGCUUUUACGUUUCUCUGACAUUAUUAUAAUUUUUUAGAUCUGCCUUGGCAUUGCAAGCAUAUGAUUUUUUAUAACAUUUUAAAAUGUAUUAAUUUUACAAUUAAAUUAUAGUGGAACAUUUGACCUCAAAGCAAAUGAGAUCACGCAUCCCCCCUGUGAACUCUGGCGCCCCCCUAAGGGGUAGAGUAUAGUACAGUAUAGUUUAAUUCAGUAGAGUACAGUACAAUUUAGUUCAGUAGAGUGCAUUAGAGUAAAGUAGGGUACAUUACUUGAAAUACGGUACACUGUACUUUACUUUUCUUUACUGUACUUUACUGUGCUCUACUGUAUUGUACUGUACUGUACUAUACUAUACUUUUCUUUACUUUACUGUGUACUUUACUGUAAUGUACUGUACUCUGCUGUGCUCUACAGUACUGAAUUGUGCUGUACUGUGCUGUCCAAACUUGUGAAACAUAGACGGCUAUGAUUGGGCCAAAUAUAGGCCGGUACGGACCGGAUGUCUGAGGACGUUGAAAUAAAGGCCGGUCCAGACCGGACAAAAUCUGAACCAAAAAUAGACGUCUAUGAUUGGUUCAGAUUUGGUCCGGAACGCACCAAAAAUCUACGUCCUUGGACGUUGAAAUCAAGGUCAGUCCAAACUACAAAAAAGAAAGGCGCCACAACAGGACCAAAAAAAGAGGCCUAAAUGCUUAGUGGGUGACUUAUAGGCUACUGUAAAACGCUGUGCUCUUGUGUAGGCUAUAUUAGCUGCCUGGCUACUGCUUGUGGUUUUCCCCCCUAUUUUUCUUCCCUCCUUUCAGAUCAAAGUUUGGCCGCCGCUAGCUACCAUUAGCAACCACAUCAGAGGGGUUGUACUGGGGUGGCUAAGCCCCUAGGGUUCCCUGCCCUCUGUGAGCUAAUGCUAAAAAACCUGGAUUUUUUUUUGUUCAUGCAAAUACAGCAGAUAUGUCAUCACUGCCAUUAGAAGGUGAUAAACUGAGCGGUCUGGUAUUACUACAAACACAGAGACAUGGUAGGCCUGUUCAAGAGAAACACACUUGAACCUAAUGUCUUUCUGUGCUGCCAGAAUUGAUACAGAGUUGAUUGUCUUAUUGUUUCACACUUUGAUAAUUGUUUUAUUUGUUAGUUGGAUCUAAUUCCGCUGUCAGGAUGUGCAAGAGGAAUAUUUCGUUUUUUUCUAGCGCCAGACACUUUUGAUUGAAUACAGCCCUCUUUUCUAUGAAAUAAACCCACUUUAGGUCUAGAACGACCUCAUACAGUGUUGAUGAUGUUUUACCAAAGGGGAGUUAAGUGUGUAAACCAUGUGACAUGACACAGACAGACGCAUGCCUAUCAACACAAGUGCAAACAAAGAUAUCACAAGGGAUUUUUCAUCCUCCCUCUUUCAAGCCAAGGCCAAACAACACACAUAUUUCUGUUUCCACCCGCUGCCAAAGCAUUUUAUCCUCUGAUGAUUUCCUGUAACUCCAGCAAUCUGGAAAAACAGGAAAUACAUUGUUGAUAAAGUGAUGGGCUGUCCUCAAAUUGAUACGUGACAGGCCCUGUUUUUACUGUGCUGCUGGGGCGAGGUGGGGAUACAGUUCAGGAUAGAGGAGCAAAAUGAAGUGGUGUGGGUGGCCCUAACCGCUCUGGGUUUCAUCAUACAAAACACUGUGGAGUGGGAUACAGGGGUUUGGUCAUGUAGGGGUUAACAUGGAGAAAAACAGGCACAUAUAGACACACACACACACACACAAAGGCACAGACAUGUGGACCACUACACUAAAAUGCCUGUCAUGGGGUUAAGCACCAUCCCACUAACCCUGAGAUGUCUUCAGUAUCCCUGUCAGAUGUGUAGCAUUUCCCCCAAGGGGAAUCUCAGCCACCAUUCCAGACUGGGGAAUGCUGGCAGGAAUUUACCGCCGCUGAAUUCUUCACUCUUUUUAUUUAUAUUAAAAAGGUUUAAAAGUCAUGACAGGGAAACGGUUAGCAGCAUCCCUAGUGACACCUUUGAGAUGUUAUUCAACUACUACUAGCUUUGUCUUUCAUUUCCGUUUUCUUUCGGAAAAUAGGGUGCACGUUGCUCCUUCUCUCUUUCUCUACCUAUUUCUCUCUCUCUCUCUCUCUCUCUCUCUCUCUCUCUCUCUCUCUCUCUCUCCCUCUCUCUCUCUCUCUCUCUCUCUCUCUCUAUCUCUCUCUCUCUCUCUCUCUCAUGGGUAAUUUCAGUAGGAUUGUCCUCAUUCUUCAGGAGCCCCUGUGCAAACGUUGCGAUGGCCCUCAGGACUCUGGGUUGAUUUUCAAAUGAGUGCAAACUUGCCGUCCUCAAGCUAAAAUUAGGCUCAUGUCCAGUGAGCACGCGUACACAAACAGAAUCUUUGCCUGUAUUUUUCUCUCAGUGAUCCAGAAUAUUUAGACAACCUUCUGCUAUCAGAUGGAAUCGAGGGAUGCGUUACAGUGACCAGUGUGUGUGUCAGUGUCAGCUGUUUUUGUAUGUUUGAGGGUGUAUGUGUGUGUGUGUGUGUUUGUGUGUGUGUGUGUGUGCACGUACAUGUGUAUGUGUAUGAUAAAGCACUUAAUGUGGAGUUUAUCUGCAGGAUGGCAGGGCAUCGGGGGUCGAGUGAGAACAGCCCCUGGGGAAAAUAGGUCAGAGGUCAGAGAGGAAGGACAGAGUAAGAGUUAAGAGAAGGAGUGGUCCAAUCCACUUUCUUCACUUUCUUUUCUUCUUUCGUUUCGUCCUAACCUUAUAUAAAUUCAUCCUCACUUACCUGGUGUCAUGUUUAAGCUGUACCUACCAUCAUUCUUACCCUUAUCUUAACCUUAUGUUACCUCCAGAAGGUAAUAAUCAGUGGCUUUGAUUAGCUAAUUGUUAUUUGAUUAGAUAAUUGUUGCUUCUCUCCAUCUCCUCAGCAGUGUGUGUUCUAUGUUGUUCCCCCAUGCAGGUGCUGCCGUUCCCCAGUCAGGUGGUGUAUAACCGUGUGGGGAAGUGUGGCAGCAGGACGGUAGUCAUCCUACUGAGGUUACUAGCAGAGAGACAUCAGUUCAACCUGGUCUCCUCAGACAUCCACAACAAGACACGUCUCACCAAACAUGAACAGGUAUGACACGAGUCACCAAACAUGAACAGGUAAAGACGGAGAAAGGGAGGGAGAUAAGGAGGGAGAUCGGUGGUGGUUGAGGGGGUGUGCGUUAAGGGUCGGAGAUGGGAUGACAGAGGAGCGUUGCCUUGUUGUAUGUUGACCGGAAGCAGGGCCCGAUUACCGAAUCGGCACGCAGGGGCAGGUGCCCCGGGGGCCCACAACACAAUUUUAAACGUUUUUUUAUUUUUUAUUUAACCUUUAUUUAACCAGGUAAGCCAGUUGAGAACAGGUUCUCAUUUACAACUGCGACCUGGCCAAGAUAAAGCAAAGCAGUGCAAUAAAAACAACACAGAGUUACAUAUGGGGUAAAAAACAUAAAGUCAAAAAUACAACAGAAAAUAUAUAUACAGUGUGUGCAAAUGUAGCAAGUUAUGGAGGUAAGGCAAUAAAUAGGCUAUAGUGCAAAAUAAUUACAAUAGUAUUAACACUGGAAUGCUAGAUGUGCAAGAGAUUAUGUGCAAAUAGAGAUACUGGGGUGCAAAAGAGCAAAAUAAAUAACAAUAUAGGGAUGAGGUAGUUGGGUGGGCUAAUUUCAGAUGGGCUGUGUACAGGUGCAGUGAUCGGUAAGGUGCUCUGACAACUGAUGCUUAAAGUUAGUGAGGGAGAUAAGAGUCUCCAGCUUCAGAGAUUUUUGCAAUUCGUUCCAGUCAUUGGCAGCAGAGAACUGGAAGGAAUGGCGGCCAAAGGAGGUGUUGGCUUUGGGAAUGACCAGUGAGAUAUACCUGCUGGAGCGCAGACUACGGGUGGGUACUGCUAUGGUGACCAAUGAGCUAAGAUAAGGCGGGGAUUUGCCUAGCAGUGAUUUAUAGAUGGCCUGGAGCCAGUGGGUUUGACGACGAACAUGUAGUGAGGACCAGCCAACAAGAGCGUACAGGUCACAGUGGUGGGUAGUGUAUGGGGCUUUGGAGACAAAACGGAUGGCACUGUGAUAGACUACAUCCAAUUUGCUGAGUAGAGUGUUGGAGGCUAUUUUGUAAAUGACAUCGCCGAAGUCAAGGAUCGGUAGGAUAGUCAGUUUUACGAGGGCAUGUUUGGCAGCAUGAGUGAAGGAGGCUUUGUUGCGAAAUAGGAAGCCGAUUCUAGAUUUAACUUUGGAUUGGAGAUUCUUUAUGUGAGUCUGGAAGGAGAGUUUACAGUCUAACCAGACACCUAGGUAUUUGUAGUUGUCCACAUACUCUAGGUCAGACCCGUCGAGAGUGGUGAUUCUAGUCGGGUGGGCGGGUGCCAGCAGCGUUCGAUUGAAAAGCAUGCAUUUAGUUUUACUAGUGUUUAAGAGCAGUUGGAGGCUACUGAAGGAGUGUUGUAUGGCAUUGAAGCUCGUUUGGAGGUUUGUUAACACAGUGUCCAAUGAAGGGCCAGAUGUAUACAAAAUGGUGUCGUCUGCGUAGAGGUGUAUCUGAGAGUCACCAGCAGCAAGAGCGACAUCAUUGAUAUACACAGAGAAAAGUGUCGGCCCAAGAAUUGAACCCUGUGGCACCCCCAUAGAGACUGCCAUAGGUCCAGACAAAAGGCCCUCCGAUUUGACACACUGAACUCUAUCUGAGAAGUAGUUGGUGAACCAGGCGAGGCAGUCAUUUGAGAAACCAAGGCUAUUUAGUCUGCCAAUAAGAAUGCGGUGGUUGACAGAGUCGAAAGCCUUGGCCAGGUCGAUGAAGACGGCUGCACAGUACUGUCUAUUAUCAAUCGUGGUUAUAAUAUCGUUUAGGACCUUGAGCGUGGCUGAAGUGCACCCAUGACCAGCUCGGAAACCGGAUUGCAUAGCGGAGAAGGUACGGUGGUAUUCGAAAUGGUCGGUGAUCUGUUUGUUAACUUGGCUUUCAAAUACUUUCGAAAGGCAGGGCAGGAUGGAUAUAGGUCUGUAGCAGUUUGGAUCUAGAGUGUCACCCCCUUUGAAGAGGGGGAUGACCGCGGCAGCUUUCCAAUCUCUGGGGAUCUCAGACGUUAUGAAAGAGAGGUUGAACAGACUAGUAAUAGGGGUUGCGACAAUUUCGGCGGCUAGUUUUAGAAAGAAAGGGUCUAGCCCAGCUGAUUUGUAGGGGUCCAGAUUUUGCAGCGCUUUCAAAACAUCAGCUGUCUGAAUUUGUGUGAAGGAGAAGCGGGGGGGGGGGGGCAUGGGCAAGUUGCAGCAGAGGGUGCAGAGUUGGUGGCCGGGGUAGUGGUAGCCAGAUGGAAAGCAUGGCCAGCUGUAGCAAAAUGCUUGUUGAAAUUCUCGAUUAUUGUAGAUUUAUCGGUGGUGAUAGUGUUUCCUAGCCUCAGUGCAGUGGACAACUGGGAGGAAGUGCUCUUUUCUCCAUGGACUUUACAGUGUCCCAAAACUUUUUGGAGUUAGUGCUACAGGAUGCAAAUUUCUGUUUGAAAAAGUUAGCCUUUGCUUUCCUGACUGCUUGUGUAUAUUGGUUCCUAACUUCCCUGAAAAGUUGCAUAUCGCGGGGGCUAUUUGAUGCUAAUGCAGUACGCCACAGGAUGUUUUUGUGCUGGUCAAGGGCAGUCAAGUCUGAGGAGAACCAGGGGCUAUAUCGGUUCUUAGUUCUGUAUUUUUUGAAUGGGGCAUGUUUAUUUAAGAUUGAGAGGAAAUUACUUUUAAGGAACAACCAGGCAUCCUCUACUGACGGAAUGAGAUCUAUAUCCAUCCAGGAUACCUGGGCCAGGUCAAUUAGGAAGGCCUGCUCGCUAAAGUGUUUUAGGGAGCGUUUGACAGUGAUGAGGGGUGGUCGUUUGACCGCGGACCCGUUACGGACGCAGGCAAUAAGGCAGUGAUCGCUGAGAUCCUGGUUGAAGACAGCUGAGGUGUAUUUAGAGGGUAUGUUAGUCAGGAUGAUAUCUAUGAGGGUACCCAUGUUUACGGAUUUAGGGAUGUACCUGGUAGGUUCGUUGAUAAUUUGCGUGAGGUUGAGGGCAUCUAGUUUGGAUUGUAGGAUGGCCGGGGUAUUAAGCAUAUCCCAAUUUAGGUCACCAAGCAGUACGAACUCUGAGGAUAAAUGGGGGGCAAUCAAUUCACAUAUGGUGUCCAGGGCACAGCUGGGGGCUGAGGGGGGUCUGUAGCAAGCGGCAACAGUGAGAGACUUAUUUCUGGAAAGGUGGAUUUUUAGAAGUAGAAGCUCAAACUGUUUGGGCACAGACCUGGAUAGUAUGAUAGAGCUCUGCAGGCUAUCUCUACAGUAGAUUGCAACUCCACCCCCUUUGGCAGUUCUAUCUAGACGGAAAAUGUUAUAGUUGGGGAUGGAAAUUUCAGAAUUUUUGGUGGCCUUCCUGAGCCAGGAUUCAGACACUUCUAGAACAUCAGGGUUGGCGGAGUGUGCUAACGCAGUGAAUAACUCAAACUUAGGAAGUAGACUUCUGAUAUUUACGUGCAAGAAACCAAGACUUUUGCGAUUACAGAAGUCAGCAAAUGAUAGCGCCUGGGGAGUAGGAGUGAUACUGAGGGCUGCAGGGCCUGGGUUAGCCUCUACAUCACCAGAGGAACAGAGGAGGACUAGAAUAAGGAUACGGCUAAAGGCUUUAAGAACUGGUCUUCUAGUGCGUUGGGUACAUAGAAUAAAGGGGGCAGAUUUCCGGGUGUUGUAGAAAAGAUUCAGGGCAUUAUGUACAGACAAGGAUAUGGAAGGAUAUGAGUAAAGUGGAGGUAAACCUAAGCGUUGGGUAACAAUGAAAGAGAUAGCAUCACUGGAGGCAUCAAUUGAGUCGGUCUCCGCGUGUAUGGGGGGUGGGACAAAGGAGCUAUCUAAGGCAGGUUUAGCUGGGCUGGGGGAUCUACAGUGAAAUAGUACAAUUAGAAAUAACCGAAACAACAAUAAGCUAACCAUGUUUGGGCUGAGGCUAAACAUAAACAGGAUGUAGUACCGUAAAAAGGAACAGUCCAGCAGACAUCAGCUGUAUAGCUGAGUUAUCAUAAGGUCCGGUGAACAGCAAUAGGGUAGUUCGGAGGCUGCUAAAGCACUAGCGAGUAAGAGGCCACAGCUAGCGUGUGCUAGCGGGCCGGGGCUAGCAGAUGGAAUCUUCGUGGUCGACGUCGUAACCACAUCAGACGAUUUCGUCGGCAGACCAGUCGUGUAGGAUCGGCGGGGCUCCGUGUCAACACUAGGUGGUCCCGUCCGGUUGACAGAGAGGUAGAUAGCCGGGAGAUGGGCCUAGCUCAGGAUGAUUAGCCAGACCACAGCGUCCAUUUUGUUGCAGCUAGCUGGUAGCGAUGAAUCCGGAGUUAAAGGUCCAGUGAUUCAGUGAUUCCGGCAGAAAAACUUAUAUGUUCUGGGUCGAUAACGCGCUGUGCAGACUGGCCGAAUAUCCGGUGAUUAAUGUCCAGUGAUUCAAUUAAUCCCGCAGAAAAAAAAUCCAAUGUUCUGGGUGAAAUACCGCUAACUGUGGCUAAUAGCAAGUAGCUAGUUAGCUGGCUAGCUAGUUUCAACUGGAGAUUCUAGAUAAAAGGUAAGUCAAUAAUAGAAUCCGUUCCACAUUGAGUGAGGCGGGUUGCAGAAAGUAUAUUUUGUAGAAGGAUGAAAAGUCUGAUAGGGAAAUAUGUACGAAAAAUACAAAAAAACAGGGUAUUUACAGGCUAUUUACAGACACACGACAAAAACAGAACUGCACUACUACGCCAUCUUGGACUUCCUCUGAUAGCAUAUGAUUGCAAAAUGUGUGUAAUUGCAGGAAAUUAGCUUUAAAACUGCAACAUUUUAUCUCAGACUCAUUGCAAAAUAUGGACAAAAGCAUGAGAUGAGCUAUAAAAAAAAAAAUCCCUUGCCCCAUGGCAAAAAGUGUAGAAUUGCAAGAAAUUAGCUUUAAAAUGUCAACAUUUUCUCUUAGCCUCAUGACAAAAUAUUUAGAAUAGCAUUAUAAAAUAGCAAAUUUUUCUCUCUGCACCAUGGCAAAAUAUGUUGAAAUGUAGGAAGUGGUAGGGCGGUCCCUGGAGAAAGGAGCCACAAUACCUUUUUGCCUCUAUUGAGUGACGUCCUAAUGCUACCACUUAACUUAGCAAGCUACUGUAUUGUCCUUCAGUCUUUCUAAGAACAGGCUGAAGGGAUGGGAAAUGUAUUUUUAUGAUUUCCGAGAGCAUCUUAAGGACAUCAACACAGCAUUUAUAGAGGAAGGGCUGCGUGCGUUUAAAACCACAUCCCUCAGAGACAUGUUGAAAUGCAAGGCUGUGUCAUGGGAAAGGCCAACACAAAUGAAAACAUUACUGAACGGUAGUCAUUCUAAAAGAUAAAAUUUGUAUUUCUCUCUCUCUCUCUCUCUCUCUCUCUCUCUCUCUCUCUCUCUCUCUCUCUCUCUCUCUCUCUCCCUCUCUCUCUCUCUCUGUCUUUCUCUCUCUGUCUCUCUCUCUCUCUUCAUCUUCCUUUAUUAUAGUGGUAUUUGGGGAAAAUGUUAAUUAGAAAGCUGACUGUACUGACUGAAGUUAACUAGGCACACCUGUCUUGUGGUAGGACCCCUCUCAGGCAUCCUCCAUCAGUGCCAGACCAAUAAAAUAUGCCCUCAUAUGCCCUAUAAAUUACACUUCCCGCCGACUAACAGCAACUUAAGCAGACUCUUUCUCAGAAUCUUCAGAGAGCAAGAGAAUGAUGGUGUAUUUCUGUGCCAUAGCCUAUGUGGUAAUGUUUCAUAUCCUUAUAGGGCUUUUCCAUCAGUGUCAAUGUAUGCUGUAGAAAUAUAAAAAAAGAAGAAAAAAAAAAGAAGGUAUUUCUACCAAUUUUGAAUGUUUUAAUGGUAAGUAGAUGCUAAAUAUUCAUAACCAUUACUGACACUGUCACACCCUGGCUAUGGGGACUCUAUAUGUUGAGCCAGGGUGUGUAGUUUCUAUGUGUUUUGUUCUAUGUUCACAGUCUAGUUCUGGUAUUUCUAUGUUGGCCAGAGUGGUUCCCAAUCAGAGGCAACGAGUGUCAGCUGUUGCUGGUUGUCUCUGAUUGGGAGCCAUAUUUAAACAGUCUGUUUUCCCUUAGUGUUUGUGGGAUCUUGUUCCUUUUGGUGUGUUCCGUGUUUGUUGUGUUUAACAUAGGACGUCACGUUAUCGUUUGUUGUUUUGUUGCUCGUGCAUUCAUUAAAUAAAAGAAGUAUGUUCGUUCAUCACGCUGCGCCUUGGUCCACUCACUCUAACGAUCGUGACAGACACAUUAGAUUUGAAGUAAAUAUUUAAUUAAAGCCAAUAUUGAAACAGGUAGUUUAAACAUUCCUCAAGCCUGAACGCUUGGCUUUACACAGCGUCAGAACACCGCUAGAAUCAUUAAGAGAGAGAGAGAGAGAGAGACAUAAAACACCUCUGUCAACGGUCCACUAACUCGUCCUCUCAGAGUAGCUGUGUGUGGGUGUGCAUAUAUGUGUGUGUUGACUUAUGCAGAUCCAGAUGCAUGCUGUCUAAGUUUAGAGAUGCUGGUCUCCUUAGCUCCAGUCUGGUUGGGGACAGGAGUGUUGGACCAUUAUCCUUUGGCUCAGCCAGUGGCCUGCUAAUGCAUUUGCUCAGAACCGAUAGUCCCAGCCUGGGUAGCCAAACAGGUUAAGGUCCCCUACCCUCUGGAGCCCUGUGGAGCCCUAUGUACCCACAUUGUAUAGUGAUCUGUCUGUCUCUCUCUAUAGCAGGCCUACAGGAGCUGAGGGAGAGAUGGCUUUAUUUUAGCAUGGUCAGAAAUAGCAACACAGCUUUUCUGUGAGUUUCUCUGUGUUGCUGUGUGAUGCUCUGUUCUCUCUCUCACCAAAGAUGUUACACAGCAAACAGACACAGCUCUGCCAUGGACCCCAUGUUCCUGUAUACUAGCUACCACGGAUAUGCAAACAUUGAAAUGGUCCGGCCCUGGCUUGGAGUAGCAGACUUUAAAUAGAUUUGAUUGGUUUACACUACCUUGAAAGUAACGAUGACCUCUCUUUCAAAGAGAGUUAUUGAGCCUUGUUUUAAACCUACUGUAAACAUAAUGUUGGGAUUAGAUGUCUUCCUACAACAAGUCUGACAAAUCCCCUCCAAUCAAUUUUUUGGAUUCAGAGCAGAGGAUAAGCCAAAGGAGAACAUGCUCAUUGGAAUGGCUGGAGUAGAAUAAAUGAAAUGGUACCAAACACAACGUGUUUGACUCCAUUCCAUUGAUUCCCGUCAUCCUAUAGCUUCUCCCACCAGCCUCUUCUGGUUCAGGGGUGGGGUGGAUGGGAGAGAUAUGGUGAGCAGGGGUAAGUGGUGGGAGUAACAUUUCAACUAACAUUUCAACUAACUAUAUACUAACCCAAGCUCUAACCCUAACCUUAACCCUUAUCCUAACCCUAAACUUAACCUUAACCCUAACCUUACCCUAACCCUUUUUCUAAACUGAACCCUAACCGUAACCUUAGGGGGUGUGGAGGGGUGAGGUGGAAAGAGUUUGAAGGGAAAGGGGGUGUGGAGAGGUGAUGUGAAGAGAGUUUGAAGGGAAGGUUGUGUGUGGCGAGGUGAGGUGGAGCGAGUUUGAAGACAUAUCGGGGUGUGGAGGGGUGAAGUGGAGAGAGUUUGAAGACAGUGGGUGGUGAGGAGCGCUCAGGUGGAGAGAGUUUGAAGGGAGAGGUGAGGGGGGUGUGGAGGGGUGAGGUGGAGAGAGUUUGAAGACAGAGGGGAGUGUGGAGGGGUGAGGGGGAGAAAGUUUGAAGGGAGAGGUGAGGGGAGUGUGGAGGGGUGAGGUGGAGAGAGUUUGAAGGGAGAGGUGGAGAGAUUGAAGGGAGAGGUGAGGGGGGUGGGGUGUUGAGGGACAUAUGCAGUAGCAGAGAAGUUUAGUCUGUUUACACUAGCCCAACCCCAGUGAUGUGAUGAGCCCAACCAGGAAGCCUUUAAGGUACAGCGUUCAAUCAGGAAGAGAGGGAGGGGGGCAGCAAAUAUUCCUGGAAUCCCAGACUAUCCUCGUCUUUCAGUCUUUCUCCCUCUCCCCCAUCUUUCCCUUCUUCCUCUACUCUCCUCCCUUCCUGAAUGAGAGGGGGGUUAUGUGUGUGUGUGUUUGGCCUUCCCUUUUCCCGUUAAAUCAACCCAAACGUGUUUAGGGUGCAGGGAGAGGGGAUGGGGUGUGGUGGGGAGUAUAAACUUUGGGCUAAUUGGUCUGGAAGUCUUAGCAGAAUUUAGCUUUUUCUGUAUGGAGGGAGAGUGUGAGAGAGAGAGAGGGGGGAGAGAGAGAGACUUACAGUUAGUGAGUGCAUACAUUUUCAUACUGGUCCCCCGUGGGAAUCAAACCCACAACCCUGGCGUUGCAAGCGCCAUGCUCUACCAACUGAGCUACACGGGACUAGAUGUCACAAAAUAUGUAUAAUUGUUGGUUGUACUGUAGGCAUAUGAACCAUAAUGCUAUCACACUAGAUAACAAAUGACUAUAUAACAAGUCGCAAUCGAUAUCAAGGCCCCACCUUUUUCCUUCAGUUUAUUUGUCCAUUUGAGUAAUGCUGGUGAGCUCAGCCAAGGUUAUGGCAGGGUCAGCCCUCCAUCGUUUCCCUGUCCCACCUGUCCCAUCUCCACCCCCAGGGUUCAGGGCCAGGUGUGACCCCCACCAUGGAGCUCACCUGGGGUACAGGUCUGGACCUGUCUCUCCAUGCAGGCCUAGGGAACCACAGGGGUGGAGAACACCCACCUAGGCUGGGAUGAUAUGGAACACAAAACUGUGAAUUAUCAUAUUUUACAUAUGGUUAUGAACAAUACACAUUGCGAACAUUUCAUUGUUCCAAUUGAUUUUCUCUGCUAGUCGUUUCACAGAAUGAAACCUGAGGACAGUGUUUUGGGUAGAUGUUUUUUUCCUCUCAGUGUGUUUUCAGAAAGUCAUGGCUAUCACCAGCACACUAGAUCCAGAUAUACAGAUGGGCUUUAUCAACAGGCAGACCCACAGAAGGAUAACAUAACAUGUGGUGUGGUUUAGCUGCUCUCAUUAAUGUUAUAAUGGGAGAUAAGGGGCUCGGGGUUCUCGUUCCAGCCUGUAUGACGUGAGGUUCUGGCACAGUGGACAGGGGGUCUCCAACAUGAUGAUGUUGUCAGGCUCUGGCACAGUGAGAUGGAGGUCUCCACAACCUCCUAAUCGAUUUCUUUGCUGAAGCCAGAACAUGUUAAAUUAAUUUGUAAUUAAUUACAGAUAUUCAAUCAUCGCCUAGUAAAGCACACAAGGGUUUUGUAAAAAUGGGUCUAAAUGAACUUUAUGUUUGGUUCUGGUUCCAUCCUGGAGAGAUAUACUGUAUUUGAUACAAGUAUAGACUAGUACAGUCAUUUCUCUUGAUGUGUGUCUUUCAGGUGGACCUUAUGAGGAACAUCAGCAACAUCCCCCAGCCUUUCCUGUACACCAGACAUGUCCACUUUCUCAACUUCACCCGGUAACUACAGCAGAGCACACCACGUAUGACAACUGGCACCAUCCAUCCAUCUAUGAUGCUAAGAUCUCAAUGGCACACAGAACCACCUGAAACAGUGGAGUUUUACUGUUCUAGCUAUGACUGGACAACGUUUUUAAUCAAAACCGCUCCUAUAGUUUGCAUUUUCAGAAAAGUCUUGACAUUGAUAACAAGAGAGGAAAUUUCAUUUAAUGUCUUUACCAACAAUGGCAAUAUACACUGAGUGUACAAAACAUCAGGAACACCUGCUCUUUGCAUGACAUAGACUGACCAGAUGAAUCCAGGUGAAAGCAUGAUCUCUUAUUGAUGUCACCUGUUGAAUCUACUUCAAUCAGUGUAGAUCAGGGAUCAUCAACUAGACUCAUUUUUGUUUGUGGAUGGUCAGGGAGCCGGAACAUAAUUACAAAUAAUUUGUAGACUGCAAAUUGACCGCAAGAAGCCCAAACUUGGGGGGCCAAAUAAAAUCACCCGCGGGCCGCUAGUUGGGGAACCCUGGUGUAGAUGAAGGGGAGGAGACAGGUUAAAGAAGGGUUUUUAAGCCUUGAGACAAUUGAGAUAUGGAUUGUGUAUGUGUGCCAUUCAGAGGGUGAAUGGGCAAGACAAAAGAUUGAAGUGCCUUUGAACAGGGUAUGGUAGUAGGUGCCAGGUGCACCGGUUUGAGUGUGUCAAGAACUGCAACACUGUUGGGUUUUUCAGGCUCAACAGUUUUCCGUGUGUAUCAAGAAUGGUCUACCACCCAAAGGACAUCCAGCCAACUUGACACCACUGUGGGAAGCAUUGGAGUCAACAUGGGCCAGCAUCCCUGUGGAACGCUAUCGACACCUUGCCCAUGCCCCGACGAAUUGGUUGUUCUCAGGGCAAAAGGGGGUGCAAUGAAUAUUAGGAAGGUGUUCCUGUUCCUAAUGUUUUGUACACUUAGUGUAAGUCAGCUGCCCAUGUCCUUAUCAACUAGGCCCCAAUACUGCCCCACUGUGGAGAGCUGUACUAUGUACACUGUAUAAAUGUGCGUCCAUCCAUCUGUCCCUCUGUCUGUCAGGUUCAGGAUAGAGCAGCCAGUCUACAUCAACAUCAUACGGGACCCCAUUAACCGUUUCCUCUCCAACUACUUCUUCCGACGUUUCGGGGACUGGAGGGGGGAGCAGAAUCACCUCAUCCGAACACCUGGGAUGAAGGGUGACGAGAGAUACCUGGUGAGACUCCUCCUUUAUUGUGGAACUCUAUCCAUCUCUUUCCCUCUCUUUUUCCAUCUUUCAUAUCUUGGCCAACAGUCUAGGCCUUUGCUCAUCUCUUCUUCUUUCCAUAAGUAGCAUCAGUGUAUUGGUUUGAAUGCUAAUGGUCCAGGACAUUACUGUAGUAUGAGCAUCAUUCUGACCUCAACAGUAACUGACUGUAUGACUGAGUUAUUAGAUUACACACAGUCCUUCCAUGUCUCCACCUGAUUCAUGGUCAGGCAGGCUGUGUAAUGCUUCCAUUAUUCUCUGGCAAUAAUGCACAUGUUAUUGUAGAACUAAUUAGAAUAGAUGGAAAAAGUAUACGAGAUGUCUCGUUCUCGAACAUUCUACAAAAGGAAAUUGAUAAACAGCUCAGUCUUAAUUGGAAGGUUUUAGAUUAGAUGGAUUAUAUAUGUUUUUGAAUGUUUUUGACUCUGCAUGAGUACCUUAGGUUCAACUGAUUUAGAUGUUGGAACAUGAAACUGUUUUUCUUCUUACCAUAAUGACAUAUUUGAGAAAGAUAAUCAGGUGAGGCUAAGCAUAUACUGUAAUAAUAAUAAUAAUAAUAAUAAUAAUAAUAAUAAUAAUAAUAAUAAUAAUACUGUAUUAGUUACAGCCUUAUGGUAUUGAAUGUAUGAAGCCCUGAAAGAGUUCCUGAUAAUAGUUCUACAAUAAAGCCAUAGGUCUACUCCUUGAAGAUACAGGAUACGUGGUGUGGCAUGGAAAGGAAGGGUAACGAAUCGUUUGCCCGUUGAGGGCUGUUGUCCUCCCAUUCCUCCAUCCCUCUCAACCUCGAACUACCUACAACUCAAUUACAGACUUGACUGAGUUAGACCAAAUCUGACGGUUAGUUAGAGACCAGAGCUAUCUGUCUGUCCGUCUGUAUGUCUGUAUGUUUGUAUUGUUUAACCCUGCAGUAUGGAACUCAAUAGUCUGUGGUGAUAUUGGACGUCUCACGCUUUUCUAAUGGCAUUUACUGCUUUCGUUUUAUUUUCAAACUAUAAUUUCUAUGUGAUUUGUGUGUGUUUUAUUGAGUGGAGGUCCCAUUUAAGUAAGGUUCAAAAGGUAAAUCAUACAGUUUUGUUAGUGGUGCGCUUGAUUGGUGUAAUCUGUGGAGAGAUGGAGGCAGCAAUAGGAAUUCCUCUUAGUGCUCCUCCAAUUAGGCAUGUUUGCUGGUUGACACACACACACACGUGCACACACAUACAUACACAAACACACACACAUCCCGAGUUAGUUACAUACCAACUGUGUUACAUAAUUAAAAAGUAUAGAACACACAUACACACACACACCAGUGUGUUGUUAGAGGCCCUCACAAUAACCAUAACACACAUUGAGCCAGCCACAUUAGCAAACACACAUAGUGAAGUGAAUGUAAUUGUGGCUGGAGUGAGUCUGAGUCUGACUGGGUAAUUAAGUUCUGCUCAGGGUCCCAAGAGUACCGUAGCAUGUGACUUGAGUUAUUAAAGUAUGCAGCGCAAGAGGGCCCCCUCCUACAGUAAAGGGGAGCUGCCACUGGCUCACCUGAGAGUGUCUCUGUGUCCUGCUCUGUGUCCUGUUUUGUGUCCUGUUCUGUGUCCUGUUCUGUGUCCUGUUCUGUGUUCUGUGUCCUGCUCUGUGUCCUGUUAUGUAUUCUGUUCUGUGUCCUGCUCUGUGUCCUGUUCUGUGUCCUGUUCUGUGUCCUGCUCUGUGUCCUGUUUUGUGUUCUGUUCUGUGUCCUGCUCUGUGUCCUGCUCUGUGUCCUGCUCUGUGUCCUGCUCUGUGUCCUGUUUUGUGUCCUGCUCUGUGUCCUGUUUUGUGUCCUGCUCUGUGUCCUGCUCUGUGUCCUGCUCUGUGUCCUGCUCUGUGUCCUGCGCUGUGUUCUGUUCUGUGUUCUGUUCUGUGUCCUGCUCUGUGUCCUGUUCUGUGUCCUGCUCUGUGUCCUGUUCUGUGUCCUGUUCUGUGUCCUGCUCUGUGUCCUGCUCUGUGUCCUGUUCUGUGUUCUGUUCUGUGUCCUGUCCUGUUCUGUGUCCUGUUCUGUGUCCUGUUCUGUGUGUACAGGAGGUGUCAAUGAAAGAACACUGUCAGUUUCCUCACCCAUGUCUCGGCCCUAAUGCAUGAGUUAUUGAGACAUUCCUGUGGUAGACUUCUUACAUUUCCCAUCAGCCCCACUCCCUCUUUACUCACUAACACACACACACGCAUCAAAUCAAAUCAAAUCAAAUGUUAUUUGUCACAUACACGUGUUUAGCAGAUGUUAUAGCGGGUGUAGCGAAAUGCUUGUGCUUCUAGCUCCGACAGUGCAGUAAUAUCUAACAAGUCAUAUCUAAGAAUUUCACAACAUAUACCCAAUACACACAAAACUAGUAAGGAAUGGGAUUUAAGAAUAUAUACAUAUAUGGACAAGCAAUGACAGAGCGGCAUGGACUAAGAUACAGUAGAAUAUUAUAGAAUAGAAUAGAGUAUAUACAUAUGAGAUGAGUAGUGCAAGAUAUGUAAACAUUAUUAAAGUGAAUAGUGUUCAAUUUCUUAAAGUGGCCAGUGAUUUCAAUAGGCAGCAGCAGCCUCUAGUGUGCUAGUGAUGGCUAUUUAACAGACUGAUGGCCUUGAGAUAGAAGCUGUUGUUCAUUCGCUCGGUCCCAGCUUUGAUGCACCUGUACUGACCUCGCCUUCUGGAUGAUAGCGGGGUGAACAGGCAGUGGCUCGGGUGGUUGAUGUCCUUGAUCAUCUUUUUGGCCUUCCUGUGACAUCGGGUGCUGUAUGUGUCUUGGAGGGCGGGUAGUUUGCCCCCUGUAAUGCGUUCGGCAGACCGCAGUCAUGUGAACAGGCACACAAACUCAUGCUUUUGUCAUGAGUUAUUUGGCUACGAAUCAAAUGUGUACUGUAGCUGUAAGAGUGACCAGUGUAGUAGACUGAAAGAGGUGUUGUCUUUUGACCAGGUCAGUCUAACUGAUCAGAGCAGCUCAGCCUCAGACACACAGACACAGUGCCAGAGCACGCCUAGACUGCCAACAACUCUAUACUCACCCUCUCUGACCCUUUACCUGGUUUACUCUGAUGACAAAGCACACACACACACACUUCAGAGAAGAUGUCCUGGCGGGCACCCAGCGUUGUUCUUGCCAAGGCAUGCCUUGUCUACACAUCAGAUAGUAAAAGAGAAACAGUGGAUGAUUAGCUGUCAACCUUUAUCUUCAUCUGCCUUCCUCACAUGACACAUUUUUGGUGACUAGAAAUGUGUUUUGGCCAAAACAAGCAGUGUUGGACUUUCUCCCACAGUAACCAGUUGAGAGCUUAGGACCAGUUAGGAUACAGUAGUAGUGGGUGCUACACUAACAACAACACCAUUCAACCUGCAUAAUCCUCAGUAAGAAUAGGAACAAUGAGUGUGUGUGUGUGUACCCGUUGAGUUGCCUUCCCAAUACUAAUGUUAUUUUUUCCCCCCAUGCAACAUAGCAGGGAGGCCAAAAUAUGUAUUCUCCACCCUGUGUGUGUGUGUGUAUGUGUGUGUGUGCGCGCGCGUGUGGGUGCGUGCGUGCGUGCGUGCGUGUGGGUGUGUGUAGUUGUUAAUAGAUUCCCAUAGGUCCCCUAAAGUUGCGAGCGGAGCAGGCGCCCAUAUCGAGUGUCGUACUGAGGAGGGACUUCCUGGCACGGCUCCCUGUGUGUGGGGGGACCGGCCAGAGUCAUGCGUAUCAUUUCCUGUCCCUUCUCUCUCUCCCAAUGCCUUCACCUCUCCCGGCUUUUUGGCUUCUUGUCCACAGUCUGUGAUCAUGGAGAGAAGGAGAAGAGGCCCAGAAGGGUUUUAAGAAUCGGGAUACAGACAUUCUUCAAUAUUCGUCUGCUGCCAAUGCCGUUUUCAGAGGCCAUUAGAAAGAGCAGAGUCAGAGAGUGAACAGAUCACAUCCAUCCCUUUAUCCUCCAAAUGAAUGCAAAAGAGGGGGCAAGAGGAGAGAAGGAGAGAGAGAGACCAGACAGUAGAGGCGAUAGAAUAAAAGAGAAUCGAGGACAUAGAGAGAGCGAGAGGUGAACGAUCACAUCUCAACUCCCUUUAUCGGCUGCCCAAAGUGGGAGGGAGAGAGGACGCGAAAAUAUGGAAAAGAAGAGAGAGGAGAGAGCUCGGAGAGAGAGAGAGAGAGAUGCAGAGAGAAGACACUGAUUUGCUCCUACAAUUACAUUUUAGCCAUAGAGUCUCUAUUGACUGUAACACAAUGCCUGCGUGGUCUACCAGUGUUCUGGGUUCUCUUGGAUUCUUGUGGUUCCUUUGAAGCCUCUUCCAGUUGUUCUGCUCCCUGUUGUCAGUCAACAUGCAUGUACCCAGUCCAAAUGCAGAGCAGCGUAUCUGAGAGACAGUCGAAAAGGCACUCACUGACUGAAAGGAUUACAUCCUCCUCUCUAAACCUAUCAUCUACAAAGACAGGAACUGACAGGUGUCCUUUUCUCUCAUAUUGUGUUGCCCGCAGGGUUCGUGGGUUUAAGAUGAAAUUCAUGAUGUUUUUUGGUGGGAGGAAUAGAGCGUUUGAGAAAUUGAGGGGUAGAGAAGAAGAGCAAGUAUGAGGGGAAAUGGUAGUCUGUUAUCAAAGCCCCAGUGCAUCCAGGUUUCAUAAGGCUUUCUUUAGUGCUACAUCAUCGUGGCGUGGCCCCAGUCUGUCCCUAUGUGGGUACAGGGGCCCACUCAAAGCUUAUGAAUGUUUAUGAAGCUAAUAUGUCAUGUUUAUGACAUGUCUCCUUUACAUGCUUCCUGCCAGGUCUGUGUCUUGCGCUGUGACCUGACUGUACGCCAGGUGUCCCAGUAUCAUUAACACCACAGAACCCCAGACAGGCCCAGAGCCGGGUGAGAGACUGUAGUCUUUAAUAGUGGGUAUGUGAAAUGCAACCCAACACUUCCUGCAGCCUUAGUGAUAUCAUAAUAAUUCACACACCACACACACACACACACACACGCCCCAUCCUACCACUCCCUCUCCCAUUCCCUCUCCCUCUUUCUCUGUUUUUGUGGGUACAGUAAGUCAUGUUUUAUGUGUAUAAGGGGGGAGGAUCACAGUGAAGUCAAAUGUCUUGUGAGUCACAGCUCCGAAUUUGUUGAUAAGUGUGAAAACAAGGACUGCAAGGAUCUGGCUUAGUGGUUCCAGAAUGGGAACAUAUACUGUCCUACUCCCACUACACACUCUCUCUCAUUCCUGCUUCCCUGGAUGGAGUAAGACAUUAUUCCAAAAACAGUUAUAGUUCUAAUUGAUGGGAGAAUGUACAGUAUUUUGCUAAAUUGUGUGUGUGUGUAGUAUUUAUGUGCUUCUCAGUGUGGGGUCCUUUCAAAUCCAUUCACCUGGUUCCUAGCUCUUACCCCUAGCCCUUCUCCUCUCACCCCAGACCCGGGCUAGCCUUCUGGUGCCCUGAGAAACACAAGGCCUGGGCCUCUGGUUCUCUCUCUGGGUCUCUCUGGCUUAGCUAACCUUUUCCUGCAGUGGGAUAUAGGGUCACACAAAGUGAUUCUUGGUAGUCUUAAACAAAUCUACUUUGAAACAGAAGUAUACACCUCACACAGAUGGUUAUGGGCUUAAAAAGAAGAAGACACCUGUACCAUGUCAGAUAUAGAGUUGUAUUCAAUUUUGAGUCUGCAUCCCAAUAUUACACUUUAUGUACAUCACAGAAGACUGAAAUAUAACAAAACUGUUUGACAUAGAAACACCGGAUCUUUGGUGGGUUUCUUUCAAUAAUGUUUUUUAUGAAUAGUCCACCCAUGAGGCCAAAAAGGGUGCUUUUGGUCAUUGACUGCAGGAAAAGUCUACCCUCUGUGGUGAGGCGUCCAGGCUCCAGCUGUUAACUUGACAAAUUGUCCUUUUCCAAGUAAAACUGAGGACAUUCUCACCUAUCAGCAUGUAGGCCACAGUGAAAUAAACCAACAGCACACAAGACCUCCUGCUCUUUUUAUUGUUGUCAGCACCCUCUUCACCUUAUAGGCUGGUGCCUGUUUCAACUCAGAGGAAUGGGUCUGGGUUUUGAUGUGUGCGUGUUAUGUGUGUGUGUGUGUGUGUGUGUGUGUGUGUGUGUGUGUGUGUGUGUGUGUGUGUGUGUGUGUGUGUGUGUGUGUGUGUGUGUGUGUGUGUGUGUGUGUGUGUGUGUGUGUGUGUGUGUUUGUGUGUGUGUGUGUGUGUGUGUGUGUGUGUGUGUGUGUGUGUGUGAGUGUGUGUGCGUGCGUGCGUGUGUUUAACUAUUGUUGUGGGGACCAGAAGUCCCCACAAGAAUAGCAAACGAACAAACAUUUGACCAACUGGGGACAUUUUGUUAGUCCCCACGAGGUCAAUGCUAUUUCUAAGGGGUUUAGGGUUAAGGUUAGAAUUAGGGUUAGAAUUACGUUAAGGGUUAGGGUUAGGAGCUAGGGUUAGGGUUAAGCUUAGGUUUUUGGGUUAAGGUUAGGGUUAGGGUUAAGGUUAGGGUUAGGGUUAGGGUUAGGGUUUUGAAUGGGACUGAAUUGUGUGUCCCCACAAGGUUAGCUGUACAAGACUGUGUGUGUGUGUGUGUGUGUGUGUGUGUGUGUGUGUGUGUGUGUGUGUGUGUGUGUGUGUGUGGUGUGUGUGUGUGUGUGUGUGUGUGUGUGUGUGUGUGUGUGUGUGUGUGUGUGAGCUUGCAUGCGUGCUUGUGUGUGUGAAUGGGUGUGAGUGUGUAUCUUUCAUGUGUUUUUGAGUGUUGUGUUGCCCAGGCCUCGUUGCUGUCUAUAAAGCUUACGUCACCUGACCUGACAUGGAUUUGACUCUUGGGUUUGUAGCAGAGAGAGAGCGAAAAGACUGGCUGACUUCACUCCUUUAUGUGUUUUUAAUCUCUCUUUCUUUUUUAAAUUAGUCUCAGUGGGCAUCCUUCGUUCAGCCCACUGGUUAAACAGAGAGGUGGUUUAGUGUUUCACUGCUCUGCUCCAGUGGCUCCUGCCUUAGGACACUUUCUUUUCUUUUUUUACUGAGGAAGUGGGUCAGGAGGGAGAGAAGAUGGUGGGAUUGGGAUGGUGGGAUUGGAUUGGGAUGUUGGUUGCAUUGCCAACAUCAUGUGGGUAGCUGAGGAGACCAAAGGUUAACCUUGUUUCUGUGUAUUGGUCUGCAUUACGAGACAGUUAACUGUCAUCAUUCUGGACAGAAAAUAAUACCAUUGACCUCUCACUACAUGUUGCUCUUGAGAUAUCCUACAUAUUCCACUGAGUAGGAAACAGAUGAGCUAAUAUCUGCUUAUAGGAAUCUGCAUGUCUUAUUUAGGCUGUCGGAGAGUGGCUUGAAGAUAGUGUCUUUUAAAAUCAUAAAUAGUUCAAAUAAAUACAAUUAAACUUUCACAUCAAUUAAUUUGAGUUAAUAAUGACAUAACAUGAUUUACAGAUUGAAUAGUGCCAAUGGAAGUUUCUGGAGUGCAUCUUAAUUAUUAUUUUGAGUUAAUUUUUGAUUAGUUGAAAUAAAAUAUAAAAUAUGGUUCAAACAAAAAGUUAUUUUAUAGUCAUAAUGCAGCUUGUUUUCAAAAUGUUACUGUUUACAAUGCAUAAUAUUGUCCACCAUAAUUAUUUAGUAAUGUCAAUGAUUAUUGUCCACCAUAAUCUGUUUACCAACGCUAACCAUCAAAAAGUAGUACGAGUUCCUAAGAGAGGAGAAGACUUGGUGAAGAGUUCCACCUAGUGAGAGUAAUGUAGAAUUACACUAAUGUUUUCAUUCAAUCCCAUUAUUCUUUCAGAAAAGUAGGCGUCAACCUGUCACAUUGGAGGCUGCUGAGGGGAGGACAGCUCAUAAUAAUGGCUGGAACGGCGGGAAUGGAAUAGCAUCAAACCAUGUGUUUGAUGUAUUUGAUACCAUUCCACCGAUUCCGCUCCAGCCAUUACCACGAGCCCAUCCUCCCAUAUUAAGGUGCCACCAACCUCCUGUGCAACCUGAAGGCGAUUGUCUGUCUUUCUGAGUGUGUUUCUGAUGGGCUGUCUCUUCGGUCUCCCUCCUGUCCAGGACAUCAAUGUGUGCAUCCUGGAGAAUUACCCAGAAUGCUCCAACCCCAGACUCUUCUACAUCAUCCCAUAUUUCUGUGGACAGCACCCCCAGUGCAGGUAAUAAGACCUGUAUUGCAGGGAAUCAGGCUCCAAAUUUGGUAACAUUAUCCUGACUGGUAUUAAUAUUUUUGCGAAUGUUUUUUUAAAGUAUGAGUGGUAUUACAAUUAAUCAUUGGUUAUAAUUCCCUCUGGGUUGCUAGAUAUUUUCCUCUGACUGUGCCUGUUGUUCUGUGUGUUUCAGGGAGCCGGGAGUAUGGGCUCUGGAGAGGGCCAAACAGAACGUUCUAGAGAACUUCCUUAUUGUGGGGAUCCUAGAGGAGCUGGAAGAUGUGCUGCUUCUUCUAGAGAGACUGUUACCGCACUACUUUACUGACGUACUGAACAUCUACAAGAGCCCAGGUAGGCCUACACACCAGAGUUUCCACAGAAGUUAUUUAACUGUGGCACUGCCAUGGUAAAAUCAUUACCGCCACGGCAAAAAAAAUAUGGAACAUGAAAAUAUAUUUCGGCCGAGGCCCACUUUAAAGAUGCUGGAAUAGACCACAUGUACUUUUCCUCUGCAACAAAAUGUGUAAUGAAUAGAAAAAUCUGCCAACCCCAUAGUAAAAUAGUUGAUCUAUUUAUCUAGUAGGCUUGUUGUUGUGUGUUCUAUGUGAGAUAAAUAUUCCUCUCAAGGCGCAUUCAAGUUAACAGUGCCAUAGGGACAGUGGUGGAAAAAGUACGCAAUUGUCAUACUUGAGUAAAAGUAAAGAUACCUUAAUAGAAAAUGACUCAAGUAAAAGUGAAAGUCACCCAGUAAAAUACUACUUGAGUAAAAGUCUAAAAGUAUUUGGUUUUAAAUAUACAAAAGUAAAUGUAAUUGCUAAAAUAUACUUAAGUAUCAAAAGUAAAAGUAAAAGUAUAAAUUAUUUCAAAUUCCUUAUAUUAAGCAAACCAAUGGCACCAUUUUCUUGUUUUUUAUUUAUUUAAAGUACAGAUACCCCAAAAAACAACUUAAGUAGUACUUUAAAGUAUUUUUACUUAAGUACUUUACAUGACUGCAUAGGGAGGGAAUUCCCAGAAUCAAAUAUAGGCUGCAAAAAUAGGCUACAUUUAUUUAGUAGGAUACUCAAACCUUUGCCAGCCGUAGCUGUUUACACUUUAUAUGGCCUGCGUACGUCUAAUGAAAGAAAGCCUGAAUUAAUGUAAAAUACUUAUUUACUGAUAACGAACAAUUAUUUAAAGCAAAUAGACCUACCUGCUUGCACUUUGUGCAGGCUAUGUAACCAUCUAACGCGUUGUUGUACUUCUAAACUGGGGAUUUCACUCGCGCAGCACCUGUUUCCACGUUUAUCAUAACCUUUGUUUUUAUUUAUCCGGCCAGGCCUACGUUAGUCAUUUUAGCGUGAGCUAGGCUAUAUAGGGAAAGGAAACUUGGCAAAGUGUCGUAUUCUCACGUGGAGAGGGAGCAUAAGUUCUGCGUGUGGACAUUAGAACGUUUUAGCACCACACAAAUAAGGGACCGUUCCCGUCUCCACACACUCUCAAAGUGUGCGUGGCUGGAAUCAAAGUGUGCGUGGCUGGUAGCGUUAUGUCUGCCUCGCCACUCAUAGAAUGGAAUUUGCAACACAAUGUUACACAAUAAGCUCCUGGGUUAAAAAAAAGUGUAUUAUAUUGAUUUAAAAUGUUUCCGACCCGCAAGCAGCUGAUUUUUUUGCGGCUCACCUGCUGCUCAACUAAUGAUUAGCCCAAUAGGGUAAAUGCAGAUAGGUAGAUUUUUCCAGAGGAAACACUUGUACACACACAACCACACCCUGGCAUGUAUAAGCCUGUUACACUGCAUUGAAAUGAUUAAUCUUUAAAGGAAUUGUUCACUCCAAAAACAAACUUUGUCAGAAAUGUAUUUUCAUACCUCAAAAGUGAUCUACAAUAGGCCUAACUCUCCUAUUGAUGGAUGACAAUAUGUAUUUUCUUCACAUUUUAACCAUACAUUAAUAACUUCCUGGUCUGUUUCUCUGUCUCCGCAGACUACAGGAAGAUGGGGAACAUGACUGGCACGGUGCGUAAGCACACGCCCACUCUGGAGGCCCUUCAGGUGCUGUACCACCGCAUGCGCUACGAGUAUGACUUUUACAACUUCAUCCGAGACCAGUUCCACCUGAUGAAGAAGAAGAUUGGCCUCAAGUCGGUCUCCCGACCCCCUGCCCAUCAGGCUUCCUUCCUGAGAGACCUGUCCCUCCGAACCCCAGAGCCCCUGGAUGAAGACGAGGAGCUGGAGACCGACCUGGAGGACGCCAACAGCUGGUUGGUCCAGCCCUGACCAUUGCCGUGGUGACUGAGGACUUUACCUGCGGCUGGUUGGCUGGAGGUGGCGUGAGAAAAGGGUGGGGGAUGCACCCUGUCUGUCAGCAUUCCCAGGAGGACGAUUGGUUGGGUCCUGAUGCCCGUGUUUUUACGGGCAACAUUUUCCGUUCAUUUCGGACUCUCUGCUCACCGCUGAGGACCUUGGGAGUGGGCUCGGACUCUACUUACCGCUGAGGACCUUGGGAGUGGGCUCGGACUCUCUGCUCACCGCUGAGGACCUUGGGAGUGGGCUCGGACUCUCUGCUCACCGCUAAGGACCUUGAGAGUGGACUCGAAAUCUCUGCUCACCGCUGAGGACCUUGGGAGUGGGCUCGGACUCUCUGCUCACCGCUGAGGACCUUGGGAGUGGGCGGAUGGAUGGAUGAAUGGAUGAAUGGAUGGAUGGAUGGAUGGACGAACCGCCAUAUUUAAAGAUUGACUAGACUAAUGGGGGGUGGGGAGUAAUUUUUUUGAAAGCUCACUUUGGUUGUUUUAAGGUUUUAUUUUUGUUUUGUUGGUUUGAGGCCGUCCUUUUGGGGGUAUCUCCGGGUGAGAUAAGACAAGAGGGAUUUGGACCUAUGAACUCAUUGGGAAAUGUUUUAAAUGUUGAGGGGAGGGCUGCAUCUUUGGAUGAGGAAAAAUGUUAAGACACCAACAAAGGUGCAGGGAUGAUGGGGGAUGGGGGUGAAGGAGCGUGUUGAGGUGUGAGAGGGAAGGGACUAGAUGGGGAUGAUGAAAUUGUUUUAAAAGUGUGAUUCAAAGUGCCAAACCGUCAAAUGCUGAAUCAUAGUCAUACACUUCUCUAAGUGCCAAACCUAACCAAGUGGGGUCAGACACCCUCUGUACCUAGAAACCCUGUUUGGGAGGAUCCACUGCUCACAGUGGGAGAGUAGGGGGAGGUGACUUGGUUUAGCCCAAAUGUGAUGGUGUCUAUGCAUAACAGAAUCAGUUUACUUUGUUUAAUAGAUAAUAUGAUGAGAGGGUCAAAUGACAGGAAGAGCACCCAACUAUGAAUUCAGAGAAUUCCAACUGUGUGUCUACGAUUGGAUUUGACAACAACAUUUGUCAAACUGACCAUGUAUGAAGAAAGGUUGAAUAUUUUGGGACAUCAUUUGGAAAAUAUUAAGAAAAUAUGAUGUUGGUUGGUGAAAAUGUGUGUUUGUCCUCAAAUGUUGACGUCUCCAUAGGACAGACCAUUGAUGUUUGACGUCCUUAAAAAAAAAAAAACGAAUACAAAUAUUCUUUCAAAGAUACAGCUGAAAGAUAAAACAUUUUAAUCCAAAGCUUUACCUGAACUCACCAAAUGAAAUGACAAUGUGUUAACAGUCUGCACUUAGUCUUAUUUGAAGUUGUUGGACCUCGGCUUGUUGGUUACAGUAAUGUCUAAAUCCACAACUUCGUUUUCUAAACUCUCCCCUGACUCUCAGUGCUACGGUAUUUCAUAGUGCAGCCAUGGUGUUGCACUUUGGCCAUUUACUGAUAACUCAACACCCAGAGAAGAAAAUGGCCACAACAACCUAUUACCUGGCAGUCAUACCUAUAGUUGUGGUCAAAUAUAUUGGCACCCUUGCACGAUUCACUAUUUCUUCUAAAAUAAGUUGAAAUUGAAAAAGAAAAAAUAAUGUGUAUCUGUUUGAUUUACAACAGCACAGGACCAAGAAUAAAUAAAAAAUAAAAGCUGAAAUUUAGAUUUUUCACUUCAAAGUAAAAAAAUUGACUUGACUAAAGUAUUCACAAUUCAAAUUAAUUUGGUUCUAAUUCUGCUUUACUGUGCAAUUUCUCACCUGUGGAAAGUUCCAGGUGCCUACAGGGUAAAAAGAGCAAUUCAACCAGAACAUUCUGCUCCAUUGCACUCCAUUAAAAAAGGGCAAGGGUACCAAUAUAUUUGACCACGCCAGUCUAAUAUACAGAUUGUGUGUAUGUACAGUGCAUUUGGAAAGUAUUCAGACCCCUUGACGUUUUCCACAUUUUGUUACGUUACAGCCUUAUUCUAAAAUGGAUUAAAUCUUUUUUUCCCCUCAUCAAUCUACACACAAUACCCCAUAAUGACAGAUCAAAAACAGGUUUUUAGACAAACGGAAAUAUCACAUUUACAUAAGUAUUCAGACCCUUUACUCAGUACUUUGCUGAAGCACCUUUGGCAGCGAUUACAGCCUCAAGUAUUCUUGGGUAUGACGCUACAAGCUUGAAACACCUGUAUUUGGGGAGUUUCUCCCAUUCUUCUCUGCAGAUCCUCUCAAGCUCUGUCAGGUUGGAUGGGGAGCUUUGCGGCAAAGCUAUUUUCAGAUCUCUCCAGAGAUGUUAGAUCGGGUUCAAGUCCGGGAUCUGGCUGGGCCACUCAAAGACAUUCAGAGACUUGUCCCGAAGACACUCCUGCGUUGUCUUGGCUGUGUGCUUAGGGUCGUUGUCCUGUUGGAAAGUGAACCUUCACUCCAGUCUGAGGUCCUGAGCACUCUGGAUCAGGUUUUCAUCAAGGAUCUUUCUGUACUUUGCUCUGUUCAUUUUUCCCUCGAUCCUGACUAGUCUCCUAGUCCCUAGUACCAUGCUUCACCAUAGGGAUGGUGCCAGGUUUCCUCCAUACGUGACGCUUGGCAUUCAGGCCAAAGAGUUCAAUCUUGUUUCUCAUGGUCUAAGAGUCCUUUAGGUGCCUAAUGGCAAACCCCAAGCAGGCUGUCACAUACCUUUUACUAAGGAGUGGCUUCCGUCUGGCCACUCUACCAUAAAGGGCUGAUUUUCUAAAAAAAUAUUCAAAAACCUGUUUUUGCUUUAUCAUUAUGGGGUAUUGUGUGUAGAUUGAUGAGAAAAAGAAUAUGGCUGUAAUGUAAUAAAAUGUGGAAAAAGUCAAGGGGUCUGAACUGUAGUCAUUGUACUGUCAUUGUCUUCAGUGUGGAUUUUCUUUUUGACAGUUUAAUUUAUUAUUAUGUAUUCAUUCCAGAAAUGAUUCUCAGGAAAAAACGUUUUCUUACAACGUUGAAAUAAUUUGUACUAUCAAGCUAUUCAUAGUAUCUAAAGAUGAGUAAAAUAUCCCUAAUAAAAUUAUAUGAACAUCUUAAAGAAAUGGCUGAAAUGUUUUACAAUAAAUGGAAUCCAUUAAUUUCAAUCUCCUCAGACAGUUUUCUAAAUAAAAACCUAACAAUUGCAGUUGCUAUCUGUGCUUCCUAUCAAUUAUUUUUUCUACAAUAAAGCAGUGCAUGCCUAUUGUUUUCCAAUCCAAGAGGAUACAUUGACUGUACGUUUACCCACCUAGCUCUGAAUCCAUGAAAGAAAUGCAGUCUGUUAUGUGCUAGCAACCUGAUAAACAAGAAGUACUAGGUUAUUCCUGUGUAAGUGCUGUUCCAGUUCCACCUGAUGAACAAGAACAUUGGCCUCAAGUGUCUCCCGACCACCUGCCCACCAGGCCUACUUCCUGAGAGAAAAAUACCCAGUCCACAACACCCCAGAGACCCUGGAAGAGGACAACCAAGACCCCAACAGCUGAUUCGUUACCGCAUGAAUAGAUCAUUCAACCAU